GGGCUUCGUCUAUGACAGUAGAAAUAACCUUCAGAUGAGGGGCCUGGUGGUCCUACUGAUGUCCAAGGCAGCCGGUCCCAGCCAGCACACAGCCUCAGACCUCCUCCCCCAGGACAUGGUCAGCGGCAUCUACCCCAGGUAAACGCGCCUCUCUGGGGCUUUGUCUUCACAUUCUUCUAUAGCUUCCUUUCCUUUAUUACCACUGACUUGGUGAAAAGACAGGAACAUACUUUUCAUUGCUCCUGAUCUGACAGCACACACACCAGCUCCAAUUGAUGUCCUUUUUUCCGAUGACGACAUUCACUCAUGCGCGCACACCGCACAUACACAGAAUGUUGCCCAGAACAGGGAAUUUUGUGUGAAGAUCACUCUACAACCUUGCCAAGUGGUUACCAGAAGUCGCUGUUGUGUUUGGCAGGUGAUGCACUAGGUAUCUGAAUGGCCCUUUUCUUGCUCCUAGCUGGCAAGCAGCACUGCCUCUACUAAAGGAUCAGUGAGGGAGUCUGUCAAGCAGGGCGGGUGGGGGGGAUAUUGUGGGGUGGCUGUAAUGAAUAUGCGUACAGUCUGACUUAUCAAGUUAUUAACCAUGGACAAGAUUAGGGCACCAGCUAUUGAAAUGACCAACAAUUCAGAUUACAGAGAAUGAACGGUAUCUUGAAAACUACUUCUGUAUGUUUUUUAAUCUUCUGUUUUGGACUCGACGUGUCAAUGUAUGGUUCAUACAUGCAUAGUACACCAUUUGUUAUCUUUUCCUGGUGGAGAAAACCUAGAAAUACAUUGAAUGAAUAAAAUAUUCGGAGUGGCUACGUUUCCGGAUUUUCUGGAACCCAGAAGUUUUGGACUAAAGAUAGAUUUCUGCGCAUGUGCAGGAUCCGCUGUGCACUUCCCCCUUCAGAGUCCUUUCAGCUGUGCUCACUCAUUCCGUGACUCCUCUGCCGCUUGUUCGAACAAACGUAGUUAUUUAUCUGUUGUAACAGUGAUCAAAUCAAACAUAAGCAUGACACAACAGGCAUUCUAGAGAUUUCAGUUAGCCUACAUGCAGCUAUUAAGGCAAGCUAUAUACAGUAGUGGUCAAAAGUUUUGAGAAUGACACAAAUAUUAAUUUUCACAAAGUCUGCUGCCUCAGUUUUUAUGAUGGCAAUUUGCAUAUACUCCAUAAUGUUAUGAAGAGUGAUCAGAUGAAUUGCAAUUAAUUGCAAAGUCCCUCUUUGCUAUGAAAAUGAACUUAAUCCCCCAAAAACAUUUCCACUGCAUUUCAGCCCUGCCACAAAAGGACCAGCUGCCAUCAUGUCAGUGAUUCUCUCUGUUAACACAGGUGAGAGUGUUGACGAGGACAAGGCUGGAGAUCACUCUGUCAUGCUGAUUGAGUUAGAAUAACAGACUGGAAGCUUUAAAAGGAGGGUGGUGCUUGAAAUCAUUGUUCUUCCUCUGUUAACCAUGGUUACCUGCAAGGAAACACGUGCCGUCAUCAUUGCUUUGCACAAAAAGGGCUUCACAGGCAAGGAUAUUGCUGCUAGUAAGAUUGCACCUAAAUCAACCAUUUAUCGGAUCAUCAAGAACUUCAAGGAGAGAGGUUCAAUUGCUGUGAAGAAGGCUUCAGGGCGCCCAAGAAAGUCCAGCAAGCGCCAGGACCGUCUCCUAAAGUUGAUUCAGCUGCGGGAUCGGGGCACCACCAGUGCAGAGCUUGCUCAGGAAUGGCAGCAGGCAGGUGUGAGUGCAUCUGCACGCACAGUGAGGCGAAGACUUUUGGAGGAUGGCUUGGUGUCAAGAAGGGCAGCAAGGAAGCCACUUCUCUCCAGGAAAAACAUCAGGGACAGACUGAUAUUCUGCAAAAGGUACAGGGAUUAGACUGCUGAGGACUGGGGUAAAGUCAUUUUCUCUGAUGAAACCCCUUUCCGAUUGUUUGGGGUAUCUGGAAAAAAGCUUGUCUGGAGAAGACAAGGUGAGCGCUACCAUCAGUCCUGUGUCAUGCCAACAGUAAAGCAUCCUGAGACCAUUCAUGUGUGGGGUUGCUUCUCAGCCAAGGGAGUGGGCUCACUCACAAUUUUGCCUAAGAACACAGCUAUGAAUAAAGAAUGGUACCAACACAUCCUCCGAGAGCAACUUCUCCCAACCAUCCAAGAACAGUUUGGUGACGAACAAUGCCUUUUCCAGCAUGAUGGAGCACCUUGCCAUAAGGCAAAAGUGAUAACUAAGUGGCUCGGUGAACAAAACAUCGACAUUUUGGGUCCAUGGCCAGGAAACUCCCCAGACCUUAAUCGCAUUGAGAAUCUGUGGUCAAUCCUCAAGAGGCGGGUGGACAAACAAAAACCCACAAAUUCUGACAAACUCAAAGCAUUGAUUAUGCAAGAAUGGGCUGCCAUCAGUCAGGAUGUGGCCCAGAAGUUGAUUGACAGCAUGCCAGGGCGGAUUGCAGAGGUCUUGAAAAAGAAGGGUCAACUCUGCAAAUAUUGACUCUUUGCAUAAACUUAAUGUAAUUGUCAAUAAAAGCCUUUGACACUUAUGGAAUGCUUGUAAUUAUACUUCAGUAUACCAUAGUAAUACUAAAUGGUAAUCAUUUUGCACUAUGGCCUAUUUAUUGCCUUACCUCCAUAACUUACUACAUUUGCACACACUGUAUAUAGAUCUUCUAUUGUGUUAUUGACUGUACGUUUUGUUUAUCCCAUAUGUAACUCUGUGUUGUUGUUUUUAUCGCACUGCUUUGCUUUAUCUUGGCCAGGUCGCAGUUGUAAAUGAGAACUUGUUCUCAACUGGUUUACCUGGUUAAAUAAAGGUGAGAAAAAGAAAAAAAAUUGUAACAUCUGACAAAAAUAUCUAAAAACACUGAAGCAGCAAACUUUGUGAAGACCAAUACUUGUGUCAUUCUCAAAACUUUUGACCACGACUGUACAAAGUAUAUCAACCAGCAAGACACAGACAGACAGUCAAUAGCGAUUUAAUGUGCAAACAUUGGCUAUUGGGAGGCAGAGUUCUUUUUUCAGCAACUCUGGCUAUAUGGCAGCAUAACUAUAAAGAUGACAUCAUCACACAAAACGCUGAUAGUUUUGGCCCAAUGCAAUGUAUAGACUCUUUAAUCGUAGCCUCGGUUUAAAAUACUUAGUGCAUGUGAGUUAUGCACUUGUCCCUUUCAUAGUGAAUGUGCAUUUACAAAUUCGGAACAUACUGUAUUGUACGCAUUGGAAUUCGUAACAAAUCAUGCGAAUUGGAGGACGUAACAUAUCAAUCAUACGAAAUGGAUAAUGGACAUCCACAAAUGCAUACGUAACAUAUCAUAUUAAAUGGAGGGACACAAAUGUACUUGUUACGUUAGAAGAUAAUUGUCAACACGAUCAGAAACACUGUGCUCACAACCUUUAUCUCCUAAAUUGUGUCGCUGGUGUAUGUUGUUUGAAUUUUGGAAUAUAAAUUGCGCAGUAGGCUAUAAGGCUUUUACCAGGUGCGAGUCCAUCUAUUUAUCCUGUUGGCGCCACAACACAUUUAACUUAUAUGCGCUCGAGAAAUCUAUACUGAAGCAAACGUUCACCCACUUUUUUGAUAAGAAAAUAUCGACCUACCUUUUUGUUAUGUCAACCAUCCAUCAAAAUCAAAUAAUUCCAUGUGUCUUCCUUCUGUCUUUAUAAACGUUCACACACAUAUUCCAUGAUAUGGGGUAAUCUGGGCAACAUCAGCUGUUGAUUGCCAGCGAUCAUCAUUCAUCACGUAACGUAAUCGAAUUCUAUAUAUAAUCAAUACACAACUUCCAAGGAAUAGGGUAUUUGAUGCGACAUAAGUAUCAUUUUUCCAUUGUAUACAUUUACAUUAUCACCUUUGCUCGCUCGUGGAAGGCAAUUUGGCCCUGGCUUGCAAACGAAAUCCGUUGCAUCAUUUUGUAAAUUAUUGUCAUUUACUCUACCGAUUUGAACAUGUAAAUCUAAUAACCGCAUAUUUUAUUUACCCCAAUAAGAAAUGGGACAGCAAGCAUAAAUCACAUUUCGAUAGAUGCAUCAGUAGGCUAUCUGCAAAGGGGAAAUUAUUUAUAGAUACAAAGUGCUUUCAUUUCUAAACGGUAAAAACAAAGUUGGAUGAAAAUGCCCUCAAAUAAAAGGUCACAUUCUGUACUGUCGCCUCAUUUGAAACAUUUUAAUUACAAAUCCAAGGUGCGGGAGUAGAGAGCCAAAUUUAAAAGUUUUAGCUUCACUUUCCAAAUAAAUACAGAGAGGAGUGUAUGUUCGCUGUCAGCUGGUGGCUACUAUAGGAAAGUUACAAUCUAAUAAAACAUUAGUUAAAUAACAAAUUAUUUUAGUCCAGGGGUCGUGUUAACCCAGGAUUCUGUGUUUAAUACGCAGAAAAGGAAAGAUAAAACGCAGAAAAAUAUCUAUCUUGCUGCGUUUUGUAAAAGCAGAUCUAGAAAGGCUUCAGUCAGGUUUAGCUCCAUAUCAUGAAUGUAAGAGGAGUAAUUUUGUGCUUCAGUUAUAUUUGCUCUAGUCAUUGGAUCACCAGACAGCACUCUGACUGAUGUGUAUGCUACUUUUCUCCGGUAAUUUCCUCUGGUGUAGUUUUUCUCUUCGUAAAAUGUAAGAUUAACUUGAAGCAAAACAUUAGGAAAUCUAGCUGGCUACAUUCUUGCUAUGAUAAACAUAAUUAUAAUUGCCAUGCAUAUUUUUUGCAAAAAUACCUUGCUUUAGUAAACUAAUUUACUUAUGUGUGGCUGCUAGCAAAAUGGCAUUGCACAUGUCUGUUGUCAUCUGAUAAAUAUUGAAUGUAUUGCACUAAAUGAAAAGCUGAAAUGUCUUGAGUCAAUAAGUGUGCUUAAUAAGUCACAUAAGUUGCAUGGACUCUGUGUGCAAUAAUAGUGUUUAACAUGAUUUUUAAAUGACUACCCCAUCUCUGUACCCCACACAUACAAUUAUCUGUAAGGUCCCUCAGUCGAGCAGUGAAUUUCAAGCACAGAUUCCACCACAAAGACCAGGGAGGUUUUCCAAUGGUUCGCAAAGAAUGGCAUCUAUUGGUAGAUGGGUAAAAAAAAGCAGACAAUGAAUAUACCUUUGAGCAUGAUGCAGUUAUUAAUUACACUUUGGAUGGUAUAUCAAUACACCCAGUCACUACAAAGAUACAGGCACCCUUCCUAACUCGGUUGCAAAAAAAAGAGAAGAAGAAAUAAACCGCUUUGAUUUCACCAUGAGGCCAAUGGUGAUUUUAAAACCGGCUGUGAUACGAGAUAACUGAGGCUGGAUCAACAACAUGGUAGUUACGCCACAAUAUUUACAUAAAUUACAGAGUGGAAAGAAGGAAGCAUGUAAAUAAAUAUCAAAUUCCAAACCAUGCAUCCUGUUUGCAAUAUGGCACUAAAGUAAUACUGCAAAAAUGUGGCAAAGAAAUUAACUUUUUGUCCUGAAUACAAAGCAUUAUGUUUGGGGUAUAUCCAACACAUCACCAAAAACAUAUUUUCAAGCAUGGUGGUGGCUGCAUCAUGUUAUGGGUAUGCUUGUCAUUGGCAAGGAUUAGGUAGAUAAAAAUAAACGUAAUAGAGCUAAGUACAGGCAAAAUCCUAGAGGAAAACAUGGUUGUCUGCUUUCCAACAGACAUUGGGAGACAAAUUCACCUUUUAGCAGGACAAUUACCUAAAUCACAAGGCCAAAUAUACACUGGAGUUGCUUACCAAGACGACAUGGUAUGUUCCUGAGUGGCCUAAAUGAGGCUGCAUUUAUUGUAGCCAGGGAUUUUAACAAAGCAAAUUUGAGGACUAGGCUGCCGAAGUUCUAUCAACAUAUUGACUGUUGUACUCGCGCUGCUAAAAUCCUCGACCAUUGCUAUUCAAACUUCCGACAUGGUUAUAAGGCCCUCCCCCGCCCUCCUUUCGGCAAAUCUGACCACGACUCCAUUUUGCUUCUCCCGUCCUAUAGGCAGAAACUCAAACAGGAAGUACCCGUGCUAAAGACUAUUCAACGCUGGUCUGACCAAUCGGAAUCCACGCUUCAAGAUUGUUUUGAUCACGCGGACUGGGAUAUGUUCCGGGUAGCUUCCGAAAAUAAUUUAGAAAUAUACACUGAAAUGGUGACUGAGUUUAUCAGGAAGUGUAUAGGUGAUGUUGUGCCUACUGUGACUAUUAAAACCUACCCUAACCAGAAACCGUGGAUAGACGGCAGCAUUCAAGCAAAUCUGAAAGCGCGAACCACCGCAUUCAACCAUGGCAAGGUGACUGGGAAUAUGGCAGAAUACAAACAGUGUAGCUACUCACUCCGCAAGGCAAUUAAACUGGCAAAACAUCAGUAUAGUGUCACGAUCGUCUUGACGAGAAGUAGACCAAUACGCAGCGUGUUGAGCGAACAUGAUUGACAUUAUUACCGUCAGUGAUAAUAAGCACACUAAACAAAAACAAUAAACGACUCGUGAAGUCCACGGUGACAAAGACCGACAAGGAACAAAAACCCACAACCACAAAGUGAAACACAGACAGUUAAAUAUGGCUCCCAAUCAGAGACAACCAGCACACAGCUGACACUCGUUGCCUCUGAUUGGGAGUCACUCAGUCAAACAUAGAAAAUGACGAACUAGAAACACCCAACAUAGAAACAGAACACAUAGAAUGAACACACCCUGGCUCAACAUAUAGAGUCCCAGAACCAGGGUGUGACAGUACCCCCCCCUAAAGGCGCGGACUGCGACCGCGCCUAAAUACGAGCAAAACAGGGGAGGGCUGGGUGGGCAUUCCUCCUCGGCGGCGGCUCCGGCUCCGGGCUUGCCCACCACCCUCCAACAAACCCCCCAUAGCGCCCCUGGUCCGGUCUGGCCCCGCUGGCUGGAGCUGGACUGGACGUAGCAGGAGCGGUAGGCUUCAGCUCCUUAGUGGAGCAGUUGAGCGGUACCUGAAUUGGCACCGAUGACCCAGGCACGGGUUGUGCCGGACUGACGACUCGCACCCCUGGCUUGGUGCGAGUGGCAGGAACGGGCCGGGCCGGGCUGGCGACGCGCACCGUAGACUUGGUGCGAGUGGCAGGAACAGGCCGGACCGGGUUGGCGACGCACACCGUAGGCUUGGUGCGUGGAGCAGGGACAGGCCGGGCUGGGCUGGCGACGCACACCGUAGGCUUGGUGCGUGGAGCAGCAACUGGCCGGACUGGGCUGGCGACGCACACCGUAGGCUUGGUGCGUGGAGCAGGAACAGGCCGGGCUGGGCUGGCGACGCACACCGUAGGCUUGGUGCGUGGAGCAGGGACAGGCCGGGCUGGGCUGGCGACGCACACCGUAGGCUUGGUGCGUGGAGCAGGAACGGGUUGGACCAGGCUGACGACUCGCACCGUAGGCUUGGUGUGAGGGGCAGGAACAUGCCGGGCUGGGCUGGCGGCGUGCACCUUACACUUAGUGCGGGAAACAGGAACGGGCCGGACCGGACUGGUGACGCACACCACUUGCUUGGUGUGAGGAGCGGGACUGGGUUUCGUCAUAACCCCCCCGCUCCCUCAGCUGCCUACCGAGUUCCUCUCGCCGUGCCUCCUUUCUCACCCUUUCCCUUAUCGCCUCCAAAUGCUCCAUCCUCUGCAACACUACCUCCUGCUCCCUCGUCGUCCCUGCCGUGUGCCCCCCCCUAAAAAUGUUUUGGGGUUGCCUCUCGCCUGUCCGACGUUGACCCUGCUGACGCCGCUGCUCCUCUCUCCGUCGCCUCUCCACCGUCUCACUCCAUGGCCGGCGAUCCAUCCCGGCCAGGAUUUCCUCCCAGGUCCAGGACCCCUGCCCGUCCAAGAUCUGCUCCCACGUCCAGGCUGCCUGCUCCUGGACACGCUGCUUGGUCUUGGUAUGGUGGGUUUUUCUGUCACGAUCGUCUUGACGAGAAGUAGACCAAUACGCAGCGUGUUGAGCGAACAUGAUUGACUUUAUUACCGUCAGUGAUAAUAAGCACACUAAACAAAAACAAUAAACGACUCGUGAAGUCCACGGUGACAAAGACCGACAAGGAACAAAAACCCACAACCACAAAGUGAAACACAGACAGUUAAAUAUGGCUCCCAAUCAGAGACAACCAGCACACAGCUGACACUCGUUGCCUCUGAUUGGGAGUCACUCAGUCAAACAUAGAAAAUGACGAACUAGAAACACCAAACAUAGAAACAGAACACAUAGAAUGAACACACCCUGGCUCAACAUAUAGAGUCCCAGAACCAGGGUGUGACAUAUAUAGAGACAAAGUGGAGUCGCAAUUCAACUGCUCAGACACGAGACGUAUGUGGCAGAGUCUACAGACAAUCACGGACUACAAAAAGAAAACCAGCCACAUCGCCGACACCGACGUCUCGCUUCCAGACAAGCUAAACACCUUCUUCGCCCGCUUUGAAGAUAACACAGUGCCACUGACGAGGCCACUACCAAGGACUGUGGCCUCUCCUUCUCCAUGGCCGACGUGAUUAAGACAUUUAAGCAUCUUAACCCCGCAAGGCUGCCGGCCCAGACGACAUCCCUAGCCGCGUCCUCAGAGCAUGCGCAGACCAGCUGGCUGGUGUGUUCAUGGACAUAUUCAAUCUCUCCCUUUCCUAGUCUGCUGUUCCCACAUGCUUCAAGAUGGCCACCAUUGUUCCUGUACCCAAGAAAGCAAAGGUAACUGAACUAAAUGACUAUUGCCCUGUAGCACUCACCUCUGUCAUCAUGAAGUGCUUUGAGAGACUAGUCAAGGAUCAUAUCACCUCUACCUUACCUGUCACCCUAGGCCCACUUCAAUUUGCUUACCGCCCCAAUAGAUCCACAGACAAUGCAAUUGCCAUCACACUGCCCUAUCCCAUCUGGACAAGAUUAAUACCUAUGUAAGAAUGCUGUUAAUUGACUAUAGCUCAGCAUUCAACACCAUAGUACCCUCCAAGGUCCUGGACUUUCUGACGGGCCACCCCCAGGUGGUGAAGGCAGGAAACAACAUCUCCACUUCGCUGAUCCUCAACACUGGGGCCCCACAAGGGUGCGUGCUCAGCCCCCUCCUGUACUUCCUGUUCACCCAUGACUGCGUGGCCAAGCACGCCUCCAACUCAAUCAUCAAGUUUGCAGACGACACAACAGUAGUAGGCUUGAUUACCAACAAUGACGAGACCGCCUACAGGGAGGAGGUGAGGGCUCUGGGAGUGUGGUGCCAGGAAAAUAACCUCUCACUCAACAUCAACAAAACAAAGGAGAUGAUCGUGGACUUCAGGAAACAGCAGAGGGUGCACCCCCCUAUCCACAUCGACAGGACCGCAGUGGAGAAGGUGGAAAGCUUCAAGCCGCCCACAACCGCAGGGCUCUCCAGAGGGUGGUGCGGUCUGCCGAACGCAUUAUCGGGGGCAAACUACCCGCCCUCCAAGACACAUACAGCACCCGAUGUCACAGGAAGGCCAAAAAGAUCAUCAAGGACAUCAACCACCCGAGCCACUGCCUGUUCACCCCGCUAUCAUCCAGAAGGCGAGGUCAGUACAGGUGCAUCAAAGCUGGGACCGAGAUAAUGAAAAACAGCUUCUAUCUCAAGGCCAUCAGACUGUUAAAUAGCCAUCACUAGCACAUUAGAGGCUGCUGCUGCCUAUUGAAAUCACUGGCCACUUUAAGAAAUGGAACACUAGUCACUUUAAUAAUGUUUACAUAUCUUGCACUACUCAUCUCAUAUGUAUAUACUGCAUUCUAUUCAAUAAUAUUAUUCUGUAUCUUAAUCCAUGCCGCUCUGUCAUUGCUUGUCCAUAUAUGUAUAUAUUCUUAAAUCCCAUUCCUUACUAGUUUUGUGUGUAUUGGGUAUAUGUUGUGAAAUUGUUAGAUAUUACUGCACUGUCUGAGCUAGAAGCACAAGCAUUUCGCUACACCCGCUAUAACAUCUGCUAAACACGUAUGUGACGAAUAACAUUUGAUUUGAGGUUUGACUUCAAUCAGCCUGAAAAUCUGUAGCAAGACUUGAAAAUGGCUGUCUAGCAAUGAUCAACAACCAACUUGACAGAGCUUGAAUAAUUGUUUUAAUAAUAUUGGGCAAAUAUUGUACAAUUCAGGUGUGCAAAGCGCUUAGAGACCUACCCAGAAAGACUCAGCUGUAAUCGCUGCCAAAGGUGAUUCUAACAUGUAUUGACUUGAGGGAUUGAAUACUUAUCUAAUCAAGAUACUGUAUAUUAGCAUUUUAUUUUCCAUACAUUUUUGUUAGAUGUUUUUCUUCCACUUUGACAGAGUAUUUUGUGUAGAUCAUUGACAAGAAAUGACAAAUAAAUCAAUUUGAAUCCCACUUUGUAACACAACAAAAUGUGGAGAAAGUAAUAGGGUGUGAAUACUUUCUGAAGGCACUGUAUGUGACAUUGUGCACAAUUUUCAGGGACCCUUUUUGGCUCUUGAGUGCUACAUUUAAAGCUACUGGCUUAAAGUAUACAAAACCUUUGUAGUGUCACUUUAAAAAAAAAAAGAAAAGCUAGAAAUCUACAUCAGAAUCCUCAUAAUGCAUAAGUUUCAUGACCUCAUGUGCCUGCUACUAAGUCGUGACUCAUGAUGACUAACUAUAUUAUAUUGUACUGACUUUUGCAUUUGUAUACACAAUCAUAUGUGUGUAGACUCACACAAACACUAAACCUAACCCUAGCUCAAAACCCUAAACCUAAUUCUAACCCUAACACUAAUUCAAACCUUAACCCUAAACCCCCUAGAAAUAGCAUUUGACCUUGUGGGGACUAACAAAAUGUCCCCAGUUGUGUUUGUUUACUAUUCUUGUGGGGACACGUCCAUACGCACGCACGCUCAGAGAAACCUCUACUGGGUCACCUCAUUUGCGCCUUUCUUUCUGUACCACAACCCCCAUUUCCCUCUCUCUCGUUCUGUCUCGCCCCCCUCUUCCCUGUCAGAGGGUGGGCUCAUUAGCACCUGGGCCGGAGCACUGAUGGGGGGGAUUGAUUGAUACCUCUAGGGGAAUGUUCUCCCCCCUCCUGACAGCCAGCAUUUGUAAAAUGUCUCCCACUCCAGUGCCCAAUACUGAUGGCUCACCGGGGAACUAAACAUAGAGAGAGGGCCAGAGCUGUACGGAAUCAGAGAGAUGGAGCGAGAAAGACAGACAAAAUCAGAGAGAGUGAUAAAGACACAGACAGACAUUCAGAGAGGGAGAAGCCAGAUACACAGCUGUAUUGCAGGGUAAUGGGGACCCUGUAGAGGGAGGAAAAUGGAACAGAACACUCAGGACAAGGGGCGUGUUGGGGGCGGGAACGCCUCAGCAAGAUGGCAUCAGUUGCUAUGCAACCGGGUGCCAAAGCUAUUUAUACACAAGUUCCCUUUUUCCUCUCCUGGCGAAGACUCUGCUUAUCAUGAGUUGUAGAUCUAAGGCAGAGAACGGGCGAGGACUCUGUAGGGGUCCUAGGGUGGGGUGGGAGGAGUGGUGGUGUCAGAAUAGCUCCUAUUGCCAACAUUAUUAUUAUUUAGCUGCAUUUGUACAGGAUGUACUCAAUAUCCUGCUUUUUACUUUUGCUGCAGUAACAAUGUGUUCGGUAUUUGUCUGAGAUUUGUACCAAGGUUACUAUUUGAUAUAGGGAGUAUGACCAGAUAAAUUAUUAAACUGCAUUGAAUGUUGAAUCCAAUAAUCAAAUAGGCCUAUUUUGAAUGUAAGGUCCAAUUACAUCAUGUUAAAUUAGAUCAAUUGUUCUCAACAUUUAGGCUGUCAUUUUCAUCCCUAACAGCAACACAAUUGCAUCCUGUGUGUGUUAACAAUAACAUCAAUGCAGUGGCAGGGAUUGAAAUGAAAGACAUUGCCAAAUCUACUCCUCUCCACAGAAGGGGUACAAUAGAUAUGAUUGAGCAGAGAAAUAAAUUAUUGCAUUUUAAUAACAACUCUCUCUGAGCAACUGUAGAACAUGCAAUUACCUGCUAUACGACGUAUUAUGGGCAGGAACAACUAGAAUUGACAGACGACUGGAAUUGAAAUGUCUUAUCAGGACUGUUUCACACCGGCUGAAAGAUGGUCCUAAGUGGCCAUCAUCGCACCCAUCCCUGGCUCCCUCCACAGACAGAUCCCCCAGUCUGUCUCGCCCUGGCAGGCUCAGCCCAUAUGGAGAGGGACGUAAUUAUCCACCCGCAAUGAAUGAAUCAACAUUUGAUUAUAGGCUCCCUCAGGCCAAGUUCAAAGGCUCCAUUCAAAAACCACUUGCACUUCUUUUCUGGUAAUCAAGAAUAACUGUUAUUUCUAAGGACUAUUAUGGCACUGAGUAAAGGCUUAUUUAUUUUUCCUCAAUAAUGGUAAACUUUUUUUCUCCAAUUUCUAUAAAAUCUAUUCAAAAUCUAUUUUAAAAAAGCUCUGAAAAAUUGUCUAAUUUGUAGGAUGUGUGAACGCGCUUUGGUGAUGAAAUGUCACUUCCUUAUGCUAUAAAAUACAUUGUACCAAGACAAAUAUAAUUAUUCAUGUUCUGAAUCGUUUAGUGGGGUUUUUGACCUGACGUAGAUCUGUUUCGGAUCGAAACGUUGUUAAUAAAGCGGUGAAUUAGGAGCUUUAACAGUGUGCAGGCAUAAUUGUUCUAUACAGUUUUUUUCUAACAUAUCAUUAACAUAUCCCAAAAGUUGGAUUUCGUAAAAUAAUACAUCCGAUAGUAACCACCGAGCUCUGUUGACAUAGCGGUGCAGGUUUCUCGUAACAACUUUUGAGGAUUUUACAUUUUGUGAUGGUCGUCUUCAAAGUUGUUUCCGCAGGUCGCAAAAACCAACAUUAGCAUGACAGAGCUAAAUUAAAUGUAAAAGGCUUUGAAAAUAAAAAGCUUGGUUAUACGCUCAGUGCUCCGUUGAUAUUUCAGAGAUACGUUUGUUUUUGUGGGAAAUCUUCGAAAAAUAACAGGAAUUUUGAAUUAAUAUGCAAAUCGUAUACUAAAAUAUGAAAAUACUACGUCAUGUCUCAAAAUCGAUAUCCUGCGGAUUCGAGAAGAAAGAUGACGAGUUCAAUGGGAAAGUGAGCCUGUCAGGUAGACAGGAGCCUUAAUUCUAGCACAGAAUCCGCAGAAUAUUUUGUAAAUAUUUUUUGUAUUUUACCCUCUUUAUUUUUCUCCCCAAUUUCGAUCUUGUCUCAUCACUGCAACCCCAACGGGCUCGGGAGGCGAAGGUCGACUCGUGUCCUCCGAAUCAAAACAAACCGCGCUUCUUAACACCCGCCCACUUAACCCGGAAGCCAGCCGUACCAAUGUGUCAGAGGAAACACAGUUCACCUGACGACCGAGGUCAGGCUGCAGGCGCCCGGCCCGCCACAAGGAGUCGCUAGAGCGCGAUGAGCCAAGUAAAGCCUCCCCCCGGCCAAACCCUCCCCUAACCCAGACGACGCUGGGCCAACUGUGCGCCGCCCUAUGGGACUCCCGAUAGCCCGGGAACGAACCAGGGUCUGUAGUGAUGUCUCUAGCACUGUGACACUCGGGAGCCCAACUUUCCUGAUUUUUGACCACUUUUUUUUCUUCUUCUCUGGCCUCCAUUGAUUUUAAUUCUGACCAUGCUACAAUGGUAAAAACUCAAAAAAAAACAUUUGAACGGAUUAUGAUAGAGACAUGAGGUUUGGACUAUUGGUUUUAUGAGAGGAUUAUCUACACACUUAUUUUACCCAUUGGUCAAAAUAUGUUUUUGAUUGGACACCCUAUAAUUUGCACUUUUGAUUUUUAAACCAUUGGAACUCAUAACAUUUGAUACAUACAUGCUGUUGUAGAAGUGAAUGUGAAAUACAAUAAGCUCCAAAAGUAUUGGGACAGUGACACAUUUUGUUGUUUUGGAUUUGAAAUGAUACAAUGACUUUGAGGUUAAAUUGCAGACUGUCAGCUUUAAUUUGAGGGUGAACCGUUUAGAAAUUACAGCAUUCAUUUUUUUCAUAGUACCCCCAUUUUAGGGGACCAAUAGUAUUGGGACGAAUUCACUUGUGUGUUAAAGUAGUAAAAAGUUCUGUAUUUGGUCCCAUAUUCAUAGCACACAAUGACUACAUCAAUCUUGUGACUCUAUAAAUUGGUUGGAUGAAUUUGCUGUUUGUUUUGGUUGUGUUUCAGAUUAUUUUGUGCCCAAUAGAAAUUAAUGGUAAAUAAUGUAUUGUGUCAUUUUGGAGACACUUUAUUGUAAAUAAGAAUAUAAUAUGUUUCUCAACACUUCUACAUGGAUGUAGAAGUGUGUUUGGUUUUCGCCAGGCAUAAUGGGACCCAACUCGUCCAAAAAGUUAACUCAAGUUUUCCAAAAAGCACCUGGAUGAUCAUCAAGACUCUUGGAAGAACGUUCUAUGGACAGAUGAUUCAAAAGUAUAACUUUUUGGAUGACAUGGUUCCAGUAAUGCCUGGCGAAAACCAAACUCUGCAUUCCACAGUAAGAACAUCAUACCAAAGGUCAAGCAUGGUGGUGGUGGUGUGAUGGUUUGGGGAUGCUUUGCUGCCUCAGGACCUGGAGGCCUUAAUAGAAGGAACCAUGAAUUCUGCUCUGUAUCAGAUAAUUCUACAGGAGAAUGUCAGACCAUCCGUCUGUGAGCUGAAGCUGAAGCGCAGCUGGGUCAUGCAGCAAGACAAUGAUCCAAAACACACAAUCAAGUCUACAUGAAAAUAGCUAAAAAGCAACAAAUUGGACGUUUUGGAAUGGCCUAGUCAAAGUCCAGACCUAAUCCCAAUUGAGAUGUUGUGGCAGGACUUGAAACGAGCAGUUCAUGCUUGAAAACCCACACGUCACUGAGUUAAAGCAGUUCUGCAUGGAAGAGUGAGCCAAAAUCCCUCCACAGCGACGUGAGAGACUGAUCAACAACUACAGGAAGCAUUUGGUUGGAGCCAUUGCAGCUAAAGGUGGGCACAACCAGUUAUUGAGUGUAAGGGGGCAAUUACUUUUUCACACAGGGGAAUUGGGUGUUGCAUAACUUUGUUUAUGAAAUAAAUAUGUAAUUGUGUUAUUUGUUCACUUUAUCUAAUAUUAGGUUUUGGUUGAAGAUUUGAUAACAUUCAGUAUCACAAAUAUGCAAAAGUAGAGAAAAUUAGAAAUGGGGCAAAUACUUUUUCAUUACAUUUUACAUUUUAGUAAUUUAGCAGACACUCUUAUCCAGAGCGACUUACAGUUAGUGAGUGCAUACAUUAUUUUUAUUUUAUAUAAAUAUAUACACAGUGGGGGAAAAAAGUAUUUAGUCAGGCACCAAUUGUGCAAGUUCUCCCACUUAAAUAGAUGAGAGGCCUGUAAUUUUCAUCAUAGGUACACGUCAACUAUGACAGACAAAUUGAGGAAAAACAAAUCCAGAAAAUCACAUUGUAGGAUUUUUUAUGAAUUUAUUUGCAAAUUAUGGUGGAAAAUAAGUAUUUGGUCACCUACAAACAAGCAAGAUUUCUGGCUCUCACAGACCUGUAACUUCUUCCUCCACUCGUUACCUGUAUUAAUGGCACCUGUUUGAACUUGUUAUCAGUAUAAAAGACACCUGUCCACGACCUCAAACAGUCACACUCCAAACUCCACUAUGGCCAAGACCAAAGAGCUGUCAAAGGACACCAGAAACAAAAUUGUAGACCUGCACCAGGCUGGUAAGACUGAAUCUGCAAUAGGUAAGCAGCUUGGUUUGAAGAAAUCAACUGUGGGAGCAAUUAUUAGGAAAUGGAAGACAUACAAGACCACUGAUAAUCUCCCUCGAUCUGGGGCUCCACGCAAGAUCUCACCCCGUGGGGUCAAAAUUAUCACAAGAACGGUGAGCAAAAAUCCCAGAACCACACGGGGGGACCUAGUGAAUGACCUGCAGAGAGCUGGGACCAAAGUAACAAAGCCUACCAUCAGUAACACACUACGCCGCCAGGGACUCAAAUCCUGCAGUGCCAGACGUGUCCCCCUGCUUAAGCCAGUACAUGUCCAGGCCCGUCUGAAGUUUGCUAGAGUGCAUUUGGAUGAUCCAGAAGAGGAUUGGGAGAAUGUCAUAUGGUCAGAUGAAACCAAAAUAUAACUUUUUGGUAAAAACUCAACUCGUCGUGUUUGGAGGACAAAUAAUGCUGAGUUGCAUCCAAAGAACACCAUACCUACCGUGAAGCAUGGGGGUGGAAACAUCAUGCUUUGGGGCUGUUUUUCUGCAAAGGGACCAGGACGACUGAUCCGUGUAAAGGAAAGAAUGAAUGGGGCCAUGUAUCGUGAGAUUUUGAGUGAAAACCUCCUUCCAUCAGCAAGGGCAUUGAAGAUGAAACGUGGCUGGGUCUUUCAGCAUGACAAUGAUCCCAAACACACCGCCCGGGCAACGAAGGUGUGGCUCCAUAAGAAGCAUUUCAAGGUCCUGGAGUGGCCUAGCCAGUCUCCAGAUCUCAACCCCAUAGAAAAUCUUUGGAGGGAGUUGAAAGUCCGUGUUGCCCAGCGACAGCCCCAAAACAUCACUGCUCUAGAGGAGAUCUGCAUGGAGGAAUGGGCCAAAAUACCAGCAACAGUGUGUGAAAACCUUGUGAAGACUUACAGAAAACGUUUGACUGUGUCAUUGCCAACAAAGGGUAUAUAACAAAGUAUUGAGAAACUUUUGUUAUUGACCAAAUACUUAUUUUCCACCAUAAUUUGCAAAUAAAUUCAUUAAAAAUCCUACAAUGUGAUUUUCUGGAAUUUUUUUUCUCAUUUUGUCUGUCAUAGUUGACGUGUACCUAUGAUGAAAAUGACAGGCCUCUCUCAUCUUUUUAAGUGGGAGAACUUGCACAAUUGGUGGCUGACUAAAUACUUUUUCCCCCCACUGUAUAUAUUUUUUUCAUACUGGCCCCCCGUGGGAAUUGAACCCACAACCCUGGCGUUGCAAACACCAUGCUCUACCAACUGAGCUACAUCCCUGCCGGCCAUUCCCUCCCAUACCCUGGAUGACGCUGGGCCAAUUGUGCGCCUCCCCAUGGGUCUCCCGGUCCCGGCCGGCUACGACAGAGCCUGGAUACGAACCAGGAUCUCUAGUGGCACAGCCAGCACUGCGAUGCAGUGCCUUAGACCACUGUGCCACUCAUAGCACUGUAUGCUAACCUCGCCUCUUAUUGUAAUGGUGAGAGGUUAGGAUGUCUUGGGGGUAUGAUAUUUGUGCGGCUGUAACUUUUGGUCCCCUAAAAUGGGGGGGACUAUGUACAAAAAGUGCUGUAAUUUCUAAUGGUUCACCUGAUACAGAUGACAAUACCCUCAAAUUAAAGCCGAUACCCACAGACUUCCAGUCAUUUCUCUAACGCUAGUUAGUAUUGGCUCUUGAAACUACAUUUAACUUCCUUCAUACUGGACACAGAGACAUAAAAAUGGCAUCCACUAGUUCAUCUGACUAGGGAAGUAGAUAAAGGGCCUCAUUGCCAAAAUCCCAAAGUAUCCCUUUAACCUCAUUGUAUCAGAUUUAAAUCCAAAGUGCUGGAGUACAGAGCCAAAACAACAAAAAAUGUGUCACUGUCCCAAUACUUUUGGAGCUCACUGUAUGUGUUAUAUAUUAAAUUUGAUGUUUUAUUGAUGUCAUAAAGUAUGUUUUUCUCCUUUGCAGCCAGCGGAACCUGGCUGAAAUCACAGAGCUCAUCCACACGGCCUUCCUGGUGCACCGUGGGAUCGUCAACCUCAAGGAGUGGACCAACUCAGACGGACCCCUGAAGGACAUGCAGUUUGGAAACAAGAUGGCCGUUCUCAGUGGGGACUUCUUGCUCGCUAACGCCUGCACCGGACUGGCCCAGCUAAACAAUACUAAGGUAUGAAAUAGUCAUCAUAGAAAGAUUUCUUGCCCUGUAGCUUUUUUGUUCUGCUUUCAAAUUAGUCUUCCAAAAUGCAAUCUGAAUUCAGCCUUUUACCUGUGUGAGGUCUCAAUAGAUCUUCAGUGAGAUGAAAUGAUACUUGACAAUGUUGAGAUCGUUGCAGUAUGGCUAACGAUAUUGAUGAGAACACAAACGGAGGAGUUUAAACACCACUUAAUCUUCCUAGCUGUUGUGGAUUGAUUGAAUCAACCAAUCUUUUCUCUCACUUAGGCCACUGGCAGGCAGACAGAUACUCACACACAAAUAAAAAAAUAUGUUUGGGUGGGAAUAAUGCACCCGCAUAUACACAGUACGUAGAAGAGGUUGCGUUCUCGUAUGACCUUCUACUCAUUCUUGCCAAGCACUUCUGCAGAUUAUGUGUGUUAGUGUGUGUCUGUGCGUGCAUGUGUCCGUGUCUGGGUGCGGGCAUGGGGGUCACAGAUCACUUCCAGUGCAUACGCUGGCAACCCUUUGCUGACAGAAUCUGUCACCAAGCUCAACUGUCAGAAUGUGGCUGCACAAAAUAACCUAUUUUCUCUUUGCUUUGCAAUCUUAACAAAUUCUCCCCCCUGCCUCAGCUCAGAUGGUUCAUGCUCAGACAGAAAAACAGGCAUUUAAAAUGCCACCUAAAGUCAUGGUGAUCAUGACAAAGGUGAUAGUAGAAGUACCCCCCCCCCCCCCCCCCCCCCCCUCCCCUCAAAUACAUUUGGGCAUAUUACAGCAAAAACACAUCUGGCAACUUUCAGAGGUUGUCAGUGACAGUAAACAUAGGCAUUAUUACAUCUUAGUGUUAUUCAUAAUAUCUUAUUUUUUAUAAUUAAAUGACAUUCUAGAGUUCCCCCUGCUGGACAAACAUGCAUGUCAAAAUAUGUUUGGGUGGGAAUAAUGCACCCCUAUAUACACAGUAAGUAGAAGAGGUUUCAUUCUCGUACGGCCUUCUACCCACUCUUCCCCUCAGAUGAAAUCAAUCAAAUGUUAUUGGUCAUGUACACAUAUUUAGCAGAUGUUAUUGCAGGUGCAUCAAAAUGCUUAUGUUUAUGGCUCCAAAAGUACAGUAUACCCAAAAAUAAAUACAUUUUAAAAAUAUCAGAACGAGCAAUGGCAUAGCCCGGAAUAUAUUACUAUUUUUUACGUUGUAGAAUAAUAGUGAAGACAUCAAAACUAUGAAAUAACACAUGGAAUCAUGUGGUAACCAAAAAAGUGUUACACAAAUUAAAAUGUAUUUUAUAUUUGAGAUUCUUAAAAUAGCCACCCUUUGCCUUGAUGACAGCUUUGCACACUCUUGGCAUUCACUCAACCAGCUUCACCUGGAAUGCUUUUCCAACAGUCUUGAUGGAGUUCCCACAUAUGAUUUGUUUAACACUUUUUUGGUUAAUACAUGACACCAUAUGUGUUAUUUCAUAGUUUUGAUGUCUUCACUUUUAUUCUACAUAUGUAGAAAUUAGUAAACAUAAAGAAAAACCCUUGAAUGAGUUUGGAAUAUAUUCAUUAGGCCUUAAUCUAUGGAUUUCACAUGACUGGGAAUACAGAUAUGCAUCUGUUGGUCAGACACCUUAAAAAAAGGUUGGGGCGAAAAAGAGAAAUGCUCACUAACAGGGAUGUAAACAAAUUUGUGCACUAAAUUUGAGAGAAAUAAGCUUUUUCUGCAUAUGGAACAUUUCUGGGAUCUUUUAUUUCAGCUCAUGAAACAUGGGACCAACACUUUACAUGUUGCGUUUAUAUUUUUGUUCAGUAUACAUAUACAUUGAGUAUAUACGUUUUUGAACACCUGCUCUUUACAUGACUGACCAGGUGAAUCCAGGUGAAAGCAAUGAUCCAUUAUUGAUGUCACUUCUAAAUCCACUUCAAUCAGUGUAGAUUAAGGGGAGGAGACAGGUUAAAGAAGGAUUUUUAAGCCUUGAGAAGAUUGAGACAUGGAUUGUGUAUUUGUGCCAUUCAGAUUUUGAAUGGGCAAGACAAAAGAUUUAAGUGCCUUUUAACGGGGUAUGGUAGUAGGUGCCAGGCGCACCGGUUUGUGUCAAGAAUUGCAACGCUGCUCGGAUUUUCACGCUCAACAAUUUCUUGUGUAUCAAGAAUGGUCCACCACCCAAAGAACAUCCAUCCAACUUGACACAACUGUGGGAAGCAUUGGAGUCAACAUGGGCCAGCAUCCCUGUGGAACGUUUUCGACACCUUGUAGAGUCCAUGCCUCGAUGAAUUGAGGCUGUUCUGAGGGCAACUCAAUUUUAGGAAGGUGUUCCUAAUGUUUGGUAUACUCAGUGUAUAUACAGUGGCUUGCGAAAGUAUUCGCCCCCCUUGGCAUUUUUCCUAUUUUGUUGCCUUACAACCUGGAAUUAAAAUAGAUUUUUUGGGGGUUUGUAUCAUUCGAUUUACACAACAUGCCUACCACUUUGAAGAUGCAAAAUAUAUUUUUUUGUGAAACAAACAAGAAAUAAGACAAAUAAACAGAACUUGAGCGUGCAUACAGUGAGGGGAAAAAAGUAUUUGAUCCCCUGCUGAUUUUGUACGUUGGCCCACUGACAAAGACAUGAUCAGUCUAUAAUUUUAAUGGUAGGUUUAUUUGAACAGUGAGAGACAGAAUAACAACAACAAAAAAUCAGCAUUUUAAUGAGGGAAAUAAGUAUUUAGUACUUGGUGGCAAAACCCUUGUUGGCAAUCACAGAGGUCAGACGUUUCUUGUAGUUGGCCACCAGGUUUGCACACAUCUCAGGAGGGAUUUUGUCCCACUCCUCUUUGCAGAUCUUCUCCAAGUCAUUAAGGUUUCGAGCCUGACGUUUGGCAACUCAAACCUUCUGCUCCCUCCACAGAUUUUCUAUGGGAUUAAGGUCUGGAGACUGGCUAGGCCACUCCAGGACCUUAAUGUGCUUCAUCUUGAGCCACUCCUUUGUUGCCUUGGCCGUGUGUUUUGGGUCAUUGUCAUGCUGGAAUACCCAUCCACGACCCAUUUUCAAUGCCCUGAUUGAGGGAAGGAGGUUCUCACCCAAGAUUUGACGGUACAUGGCCCUGUCCAUCGUCCCUUUGAUAAGAUGAAAUUGUCCUGUCCCCUUAGCAGAAAAACACCCCCAAAGCAUAAUGUUUCCACCUCCAUGUUUGACGGUGGGGAUGGUGUUCUUGGGGUCAUAGGCAGCAUUCCUCCUCCUCCAAACACGGCGAGUUGAGUUGAUGCCAAACAGCUUGAUUUUGGUCUCAUCUGACCACAACACUUUCACCCAGUUCUCCUCUGAAUCAUUUAGAUGUUCAUUGGCAAACUUCAGACGGGCCUGUAUAUGUGCUUUCUUGAGCAGGGGGACCUUGCGGGCGCUGCAGGAUUUCAGUCCUUCACGGCGUAGUGUGUUACCAAUUGUUUUCUUGGUGACUAUGGUCCCAGCUGCCUUGAGAUCAUUGACAAGAUCCUCCCGUGUAGUUCUGGGCUGAUUCCUCACCGUUCUCAUGAUCAUUGCAACUCCACGAGGUGAGAUCUUGCAUGGAGCCCCAGGCCGAGGGAGAUUGACAGUUAUUUUGUGUUUCUUCCAUUUGCGAAUAAUCGCACCAACUGUUGUCACCUUCUCACCAAGCUGCUUGGCGAUGGUCUUUAACCCAUUCCAGCCUUGUGUAGGUCUACAAUCUUGUCCCUGACAUCCUUGGAGAGCUCUUUGGUCUUGGCCAUGGUGGAGAGUUUGGAAUCUGAUUGAUUGAUUGCUUCUGUGGACAGGUGUCUUUUAUACAGGUAACAAGCUGAGAUUAGGAGCACUCCCUUUAAGAGUGUGCUCCUAAUCUCAGCUCAUUACGUGUAUAAAAGACACCUGGGAGCCAGAAAUCUUUCUGAUUGAGAGGGGGUCAAAUAAUUAUUUCCCUUAUUAAAAUGGAAAUCAAUUUAUAACAUUUUUGACAUGUGUUUUUCUGGAUUUUUUUGUUGUUAUUCUGUCUCUCACUGUUCAAAUAAACCUACCAUUAAAAUUAUAGACUGAUCAUUUCUUUGGCAGUGGGCAAACGUACAAAAUCAGCAGGGGAUCAAAUACUUUUUUCCCUCACUGUAACUAUUCACCCCCCCCAAAGUCAAUACUUUGUAGAGCCACCUUUUGCAGCAAUUACAGCUGCAAGUCUCUUGGGGUAUGUCUCUAUAAACUUGGCACAUCUAGCCACUGGGAUUUUUGCCCAUUCUUCAAGGCAACACUGCUCCAGCUCCUUCAAGUUGGAUGGGUUCCGCUGGUGUACAGCAAUCUUUAAGUCAUACCACAGAUUCUCAAUUGGAUUGAGGUCUGGGCUUUGACUAGGCCAUUCCAAGACAUUUAAAUGUUCCCCUUAAACCACUCAAGUGUUGCUUUAGCAGUAUGCUUAGGGUCAUUGUCCUGCUGGAAGGUGAACCUCCUUCCCAGUCUCAAAUCUCUGGAAGACUGAAACCGGUUUCCCUCAAGAAUUUCCUUGUAUUUAGCGCCAUCCAUUAUUCCUUCAAUUCUGACCAGUUUCCCAGUCCCUGCCGAUGUGAAACAUCCCCACAGCAUGAUGCUGCCACCACGCUUCACUGUGGGGAUGGUGUUCUCGGGGUGAUGAGAGGUGUUGGGUUUGCGCCAGACAUAACGUUUUCCUUGAUGGUCAAAAAGCUCAAUUUUUGUCUCAUCUGACCAGAGUACCUUCUUCCAUAUGUUUGGGGAGUCUCCCACAUGCCUUUUGGCGAACACCAAACAUGUUUGCUUAUUUUUUUCUUUAAGCAAUGGCUUUUUUUCUGGCCACCCUUCCGUAAAGCCCAGCUCUGUGGAGUGUACGGCUAAAAGUGGUCCUAUGGACAGAUACUCCAAUCUCCGCUGUGGAGCUUUGCAGCUACUUCAGGGUUAUCUUUGGUCUCUUUGUUGCGUCUCUGAUUAAUGCCCUCCUUGCCUGGUCUGUGAGUUUUGGUGGGCGGCCCUCUCUUGGCAGGUUUGUUGUGGUGCCAUAUUCUUUCCAUUUAAAAAAAAUGGAUUUAAUGGUGCUCCGUGGGAUGUUCAAAGUUUCUGAUAUUGUUUUAUAACCCAAGCCUGAUCUGUACUUCUCCACAACUUUGUCCCUGACCUGUUUGGAGGGCUCCUUGGUCUUCAUGGUGCCGGUUGCUUGUUGGUGCCCCUUGCUUAGUGGUGUUGCAGACUCUGGGGCCUUUCAGAACUGAUGUGUAUAUAUACAGUGGGGAAAAAAAGUAUUUAGUCAGCCACCAAUUGUGCAAGUUCUCCCACUUAAAAAGAUGAGAGAGGCCUGUCAUUUUCAUCAUAGGUACACGUCAACUAUGACAGACAAAAUGAGAGAAAAAAAAUCCAGAAAAUCACAUUGUAGGAUUUUUAAUGAAUUUAUUUGCAAAUUAUGGUGGAAAAUAAGUAUUUGGUCAAUAACAAAAGUUUCUCAAUACUUUGUUAUAUACCCUUUGUUGGCAAUGACACAGGUCAAAUGUUUUCUGUAAGUCUUCACAAGGUUUUCACACACUGUUGCUGGUAUUUUGGCCCAUUCCUCCAUGCAGAUCUCCUCUAGAGCAGUGAUUGUUUUGGGGCUGUCGCUGGACAACACGGACUUUCAACUCCCUCCAAAGAUUUUCUAUGGGGUUGAGAUCUGGAGACUAGCUAGGCCCUUCCAGGACCUUGAAAUGCUUCUUACGAAGCCACUCCUUCGUUGCCCGGGCGGUGUGUUUGGGAUCAUUGUCAUGCUGAAAGACCCAGCCACGUUUCAUCUUCAAUGCCCUUGCUGAUGGAAGGAGGUUUUCACUCAAAAUCUCACGAUACAUGGCCCCAUUAAUUCUUUCCUUUACACGGAUCAGUCGUCCUGGUCCCUUUGCAGAAAAACAGCCCCAAAGCAUGAUGUUUCCACCCCCAUGCUUCACAGUAGGUAUAGUGUUCUUUGGAUGCAACUCAGCAUUCUUUGUCCUCCAAACACGACGAGUUGAAUUUUUACCAAAAAGUUAUAUUUUGGUUUCAUCUGACCAUAUGACAUUCUCCCAAUCCUCUUCUGGAUCAUCCAAAUGCAUUCUAGCAAACUUCAGACGGGCCUGGACAUGUACUGGCUUAAGCAGGGGGACACGUCUGGCACUGCAGGAUUUGAGUCCCUGGCGGCGUAGUGUGUUACUGAUGGUAGGCUUUGUUACUUUGGUCCCAGCUCUCUGCAGGUCAUUCACUAGGUCCCCCCGUGUGGUUCUGGGAUUUUUGCUCACCGUUCUUGUGAUCAUUUUGACCCCACGGGGUGAGAUCUUGCGUGGAGCCCCAGAUCGAGGGAGAUUAUCAGUGGUCUUGUAUUUCUUCCAUUUCCUAAUAAUUGCUCCCACAGUUGAUUUCUUCAAACCAAGCUGCUUACCUAUUGCAGAUUCAGUCUUCCCAGCCUGGUGCAGGUCUACAAUUUUGUUUCUGGUGUCCUUUGACAGCUCUUUGGUCUUGGCCAUAGUGGAGUUUGGAGUGUGACUGUUUGAGGUUGUGGACAGGUGUCUUGACUGAUAACAAGUUCAAACAGGUGCCAUUAAUACAGGUAACGAGUGGAGGGACAGAGGAGCCUCUUAAAGAAGAAGUUACAGGUCUGUGAGAGCCAGAAAUCUUGCUUGUUUGUAGGUGACCAAAUACUUAUUUUCCACCAUAAUUUGCAAAUAACUUCAUAAAAAAUCCUACAAUGUGAUUUUCUAGAUUUUUUUUUCUCAAUUUGUCUGUCAUAGUUGACGUGUACCUAUGAUGAAAAUUACAGGCCUCUCAUCUUUUUAAGUGGGAGAACUUGCACAAUUGGUGGCUGACUAAAUACUUUUUUUCCCCACUGUAUACUGAGAUCAUGUGCCAGAUCAUGUGACACUUAGAUUGCACACAGGUGAACUUUAUUUAACUAAUUAUGUGACUUCUGAAGGUAAUUGUUUGCACCAGAUCUUAUUUAGGGGCUUCAUAGCAAAGGGGUGAGUACAUAUGCACUCUCAACUUUUCCGUUAUUUUUUUUAUUUUUGUUUGAAACAAGUAAUUUUUUUCAUUUCGUGUAUGUCCAUUACAUGAAAUCCAAAUAAAAAUCCAUUUAAAUUACAGGUUGUAAUGCAACAAAAUAGGAAAAACGCCAAGGGGGAUGAAUACUUUUGCAAGGCACUGUACAGUAUGUAUAUGAUGGUGUGUAUAUAUACAUUAUGGACAGUAUAUGAAUAGGAAAGGUGAGUACAGCAGUAGUUAUAUAGGAUAAGCCUUGACUAGAAUACAGUAUAUACAUAUGUUGUGGGUAAAACAGUAUGUAAACAUGAUUAAAGUGACCAGUGUUCAAUGACUAUGUAACAGGGACUAAGUUCAGGGCAAGGUACUGGGCGGAGGCCAGCUAGUGGUGACUAUUUAACAGUCUGAUGGCCUGGAGAUAGAAGCUGUUUCUCUCGGUCCCAGCUUUGAUGCACCUGUACCGUCUCUGCAGUCUAGAUGGUAGCAGGGUGAACAGGCUGUGGCUCGGGUGGCUGAGGUCCUUGAUCUUCUUGGCCUUCCUGUGACACCGGGUGCUGUAGAUGUCCUGGAGGGCAGGCAGUGUGCCCCCGGUGAUGCGUUGGGCUGACUGCACCACCCUCUGGAGAGCCCUGCGGUUGCAGACCAGGCGGUGAUACAGCCUGACAGGAUGCCCUCAAUGGUGCAUCUGUAGAAGUUUGUGAGGGACUUUAGAGGCCAAGCUGAUUUUCUACAGCCUCCCAAAGGUUGAAGAGACGCUGUAGUGCCUUCUCCACCACACUGUCUGUGUGGAUGGACCAUUUCAGAUUGUCAGUGAUGUGCACGCCGAGGAACUUGAAGCUUUUCACCCUCUCCACUGCGGCCCUGUCGAUGUGGAUGAGGGGGGGGUGGUCGCUCUGCUGUCUCCUGAAGUCCACGAACAGCUCCUUCAUUUUGUUGGAGAGGUUAUUUUCCCUAAACUACUCCGCCAGGGCCCUGCAGGCUGUGUCGUCAAGGUUGGUAAUUAGGCCUACCACUGUUGUCGUCAGCAAACUUGAUGAUUGAGUUGGAGACGUGCGUGGCCACGCAUCCAUGGGUUAAAAGGGAGUACAGGAGGUGAAAGUUUCACAAGCAUUGUAAAGCAUAGCCUAGUUGAAAUGUCAAAAUGUAGUACUCACAAAUGUGUCUAAACUAUGUUUGUGACACUGCCUCCUAAACAAAAGGACAAUGACAAAUAGAGAACCCGAUUCAAUCCUUGAUGGAAAAUAUAUACAGUACCAGUCAAAAGUUUGGACACACCUACUCAUUCAAGGGUUUUUCUUUAUUUUUACUAUUUUUUACAUUGUAGAAUAAUAGUGAAGACAUCAAAACUAUGAAAUAACACAUAUGGAAUUAUGUAGUCCCCAAAAAAGUGUUAAACAAAUCAAAAUAUAUUUAAUAUUUGAGAUUCUUCAAAUAGCCACCCUUUGCCUUGAUGACAGCUUUGCACACUCUUGGCAUUCUCUCAACCAGCUUCACCUGGAAUGCUUUUCAACAGUCUUGAAGGAGUUCCCACAUAUGCUGAGCACUUGUUGGCUGCUUUUCCUUCACUCUGCUUUCCGACUCAUCCCAAACCAUCUCAAUUGGGUUGAGUUCGGGGGAUUGUGGAGGCCAGGUCAUCUGAUACAGCACUCCAUCACUCUCCUUCUUGGUAAAAUAGCCCUUAUACAGCCUGGAGGUGUGUUGGGUCAUUGUCCUGUUGAAAAACAAAUGAUAGUCCCACUAAGCCCAAACCAGAUGGGAUGGCGUAUCGCUGCAGAAUACUGUUGUAGCCAUGCUGGUUAAGAGUGCCUUGAAUUCUAAAUAAAUCCCAGACAGUGUCACCAGCAAAGCACCCCCACACCAUAAUGCCUCCUCCUCCAUGCUUUACUGUGGGAACUACACACAGCGGUUUGAACCAAAAAUCUCAAAUUUGGACUCCAGCCCAAAGGACACAUUUCUACUGGUCUAAUGUCCAUUGCUCGUGUUUCUUGGCCCAAGCAGGUCUCUUCUUAUUAUUGGUGUCCUUUAGUAGUGGUUUAUUUGCAGCAAUUCAACCAUGAAGGCCUGAUUCACACAGUGCCCUCUGAACAGUUGAUGUUGAGUUGAUGUCUGUUACUUGAACUCUGUGAAGCAUUUAUUUGGGCUGCAAUUUCUGAGGCUGGUAACUCUAAUAAACUUAUCCUCUGCAGCAGAGGUAACUCAGGGUCUUCCAUUCCUGUGGCGGUCCUCAUGAGAGACAGUUUCAUCAUAGUGCGUGAUGGUUUUUGAGACUGCACUUGAAGAAACGUUGAAAGUUCUUGAAAUGUUCCGUAUUGACUGACAUUCAUGUCUUAAAGUAAUGAUGGACUGUCGUUUCUCUUUGCUUAUUUGAGCUGUUCUUGCCAUAAAAUGGACUUGGUCUUUUACCAAAUAGGGUUAUCUUCUGUAUACUUCUGUCCCCCCCCCCCCUCCCCCUCCCCCUCCCCCUCCCCCUCCCGUCACAACACAACUGAUUGGCUCAAACGUGUUAUUUCAUAGUUUUGAUGUCUUCACUAUUAUUCUACAAUGUAGAAAAUAGUAAAAAUAAAGAAAAACCCUUGAAUGAGUAGGUGUGUCCAAACUUUUGACUUGUAGUGUAUAUCAAGAUUUUUUUGUUAUUGUGUUUGUGUGUCACACCAAGACAGACAUGACUGUAGUAGCAGUCGUAGCAUUAGCGCUUGGAGGUUUCACAAAAACCAGGGCAUUUCUUUAGGGGAGCAAUUCAUCAGGAUUAUGUGUCCCGGUCUUGAGAGGAAUCCUAGGCCGGUACUUGUAUAAAUGGUAAAGUGAUCUCAGAGCCCAGCUCCGGUUUCUCUCCCUCACAGACCUGUCGGCAAAACACGAUCCGCCUGGAUUUGGGAAUAGAGUAAGGGGGAGGCGGGGGCUUAUCUGAAACUUUCCAAAUAAAGACCCCCCCUCUUCAUUUUCCUCAUUCCCAGCCUAGCAAAGACCGCACAUCUGGUAGCACUAUAGGUGCAUUGUCCUUUUGGGCCUUUCGUGAGACUUGAGUUCCUUUAAUAUUUCCUAAAGGAUCUGGUUACCCAGAGGGCACUACUAACACUCUGAUAGAGACACAGUGCCACCAUACUUGCAAAUUAUGAAAAAAAACGUAUUGAAUGUAUUGAGGGAGUACAACGUAUGUAUUCUCUUUUUCUUGUCAUCUACGUGUGAGCGAGGGUGCUAUUUCAAAUGUAGUCAUGGAUGCCCCCUGCAAGAGGGAUUUGGCAACUGCAGACAGAUGACACAAAGGUUUACAUUUACGUCAUUACAAAUUGGUGCAUUCAACUUAUGAUAGCCAGUGGGACAACCACAUUUUUUUUAUGGGGGGGGGGGGGGGGGUAGAAGGAUUACUUUAUACUAUUCCAGGUAUUCCUUAAAGAGGUAGGGUUUCAAGUGUCUCCGGAAGGUGGUCAGUGACUCCGCUGUCCUGGCGUCGUGGGGGAGCUUGUUCCACCAUUGGGGUGCCAGAGCAGCGAAUAGCUUUGACUGGGCUGAGCGGGAUCUGUGCUUCCGCAGAGGUAGGGGGGCUAGCAGGCCAGAGGUGGAUGAACGUAGUGCCCUGAAGGUAAGGAGGUGCCGUUCCCCUCACAGCUCCGUAGGCAAGCACCUUGGUGUUGUAGUAGAUGCGAGCCUCAACUGGAAGCCAGUGGAGUGUGCGGAGGAGCGGGGUGACGUGAGAGAACUUGGGAAGGUUGAACACCAGACGGGCUGCAGCGUUCUGGAUAAGUUGUAGGGGUUUAAUGGCACAGGCAGGGAACCCAGCCAACAGCGAGUUGCAGUAAUCCAGACGGGAGAUGACAAGUGCCUGGAUUAGGACCUGUGCCGCUUUCUGUGUAAGGUAGGGUCGUACUCUGCGAAUGUUGUAGAGCAUGAACCUGCAGGUUCGGGUCACCGCUUUGAUGUUAGCGGAGAACGACAGGGUGUUGUCCAGGGUCACGCCAAGGUUCUUUGCACUCUGGGAGGAGGACACAAUGGAGUUGUCAACCGUGAUGGCGAGAUCAUGGAGCGGGCAGUCCUUCUCCGGGAGGAAGAGCAGCUCCGUCUUGCCGAGGUUCAGCUUGAGGUGGUGAUCCGACAUCCACACUGACAAAGCUGUUCAGCCUCCCAAAAUCAUUGACUUGGCAUCCCAAAGGUCACAAUUUUACCUGGGGCAAGUUGAAUCCUAAGUAAGAAAACAAAUUAAGUAAGAAGAACCUUUCCUUUUUGAACAUUUAUUCCACUACAUGCCCACACACCUGGACCUAGUAGACUUGUGAGAAUUCCUCGAAGACGAGGGAGGGUGCUAGUGAAGAACAUCUUGAUCAUGAUGAAUGUACAAUACCACCCAGCGACACACUGUUGAACAGAGUGAAGUUAUAUCUAAAACAAGAAGAAGAAGUUAUCAAUACUGAGUUGGGUUCUUAAUGACAAAGAACCACAGCACCAGAUGUCAGACCACUGCUCAAGAGCCUCAUCAACCCCCACGACAUUUCCUGAUUUCUGCUUUGCCAUCUGCCUUUCAGCUCCUCAGACUUGACACGUGAUAAAGCCUCAUAAUAAUACAGUUUAAACUGGAGGUCGCUAUAAAUAAGAUUCAAAUUGACAAAGCUCAGUCCGGGUGUGCUUAAUGAAAACAGCAGGCAGUCCUCAGCCAGUCCACACUGGUCCGAUAAUGAGCUGGCAAUGUGAGGAAUUAGAGAUGGUCAAUUUACAGCCCAGACACCCACUAAGUCUCCACCCUUAUGUUUACAGCCACCGCCUUAGUCUAGGCCCCAUCCUCUAUACCAAGGAUCAUCAACUAGAUUCAGCUGCGGGACAAUUUUUUUCUUGAGUGGAUGUUCAGGGGGCCGGAACAUAAUUACAAAUAAUUGUAGACUGCAAAUUUUCUGCAAGAAGCCCAAACAUAAAUAAUAUUUGGGUAACACUUUACUUGACACCCAGCAUCAUAACACGGCCAUAACCAUGUAAUAAUAUGUCAUACGAGCUGACAUAACUUGUCAUAACCUACCAUAAUAUGGUCAUAACACUGUCAUGACCCAUAUAUUUACACUUGUUGUGACAUAUAUUGCGUUAUUUUAUGGCGGGUUAUGACACGUACAUAAGAGUGUCAAAACCCAUAUUUAUUCAAAUGUGUUUUUUCCCUGCCAAGAACUUUCUUUUCGUUUGAACGUUUUUUUCUUAAGUCCUUUGUUGUAAUUAAUUAUUUACAGUCAUGUUUUUUUCAUCAUAUUAAUAACUUGCAGAAAAUACACUUUGACACUCAUGAAGCAUUAUGACCGUCAUAAUCAUAUAAGCCAGAUAGGCCUAUCACGUACAUGUCCUUAUGUCAAUCAUCAGUCAAAAAGAGGGUGUCUUGUCCUGCUCCUGCAUUUAUCCCAGUCAUCAGCAACAGAGCAUUGGGGUAUGUCUGACAUCAAUUUGUGCGCAAUUACAAUGAUAAUUUAAAAUGGUCAAUUUCAUAAAAUGUUGUAUAACAUAAACAUACUGUUGACAAGUAGGCUAUGGUGUAAUGGUAUGUUUUGGCUUGUGUGGUAGAUUUUGUGGGUUUUGACACUCUUAUGUAGUUGUCAUAACCAGCCAUAAAAUAAUGCAAUAUAUGUCACAAUAGGUCUAAAUGAAUCGAAUCAAAUUUUAUUUGCCACAUGCGCCGAAUACAACAGGUGUAGACAUUACCGUGAAAUGCUUACUUACAGCCCUUAAACAACAAUGCAUUAAUUUUUUUAUAAAAAAGUAAAAUAAAACAACAAAAAAGUGUUGAGAAAAAAAGAGCAGAAGUUAAAUAAAAUAACAGUAAAGAGGCUAUAUACAGGGGGGUACCGGUGCAGAGUCAAUGUGCGGGGGCACCGGCUAGUUGAGGUAAUAUGUACAGUUGAAGUCGGAAGUUCACAUACACCUUAGCCAAAUACAUUUAAACUCAGUUUUCACAAUUCCUGACAUUUAAUCCUAGUAAACAUUCCCUGUCUUAGGUCAGUUAGGAUCACCACUUUAUUUUAAGAAUGUGAAAUGUCAGAAUAAUAGUAGAGAGAAUGAUAAAUUUAAGCUUUUAUUACUUUCAUCACAUUCUCAGUGGGUCAGAAGUUUACAUACACUCAAUUAGUAUUUGGUAGCAUUGCCUUUAAAUUGUUUAACUUGGGUCAAACGUUUCAGGUAGCCUUCCACAAGCUUCCCACAAUAAGUUGGGUGAAUUUUGUCCCAUUGCUCCUGACAAAGCUGGUGUAACUGAGUCUGGUUUGUAGGCCUCCUUGCUCGCACACGCUUUUUCAGUUCUGCCCACACAUUUUCUAUAGGAUUGAGGUCAGGGCUUUGUGAUGGCCACUCCAAUACCUUGACUUUGUUGUCCUUAAGCCAUUUUGCCACAACUUUGGAAGUAUGCUUUGGGUCAUUGUCCAUUUGGAAGACCCAUUUGCGACCAAGCUUUAACUUCCUGACUGAUGUCUUGAGAUGUUGCUUCAAUAUAUCCACAUAAUUUUCCUUCCUCAUGAUGCCAUCUAAUUUGUGAAGUGCACCAGUUUCUCAUGCAGCAAAGCACCCCCACAGCAUGAUGCUGCCAUCCCUGUGCUUCACGGUUGGGAUGGUGUUCUUCGGCUUGCAAGCGUUCCCCUUUUUCCUCCAAACAUAACGAUCGUCAUUUUUGUUAGUUCUAUUUUUGUUUCAUCAGACCAGAGGACAUUUCUCCAAAAAGUACGAUCUUUGUCCCCAUGUGCAGUUGCAAACCGUAGUCUGGCUUUUAUGGCGGUUUUGGAGCAGUGCCUUCUUCCUUGCUGAGCGGCCUUUCAGGUUAUAUCGAUAUAGGACUUGUUUUACUGUGGAUAUAGAUACUUUUGUACCGGUUUCCUCCAGCAUCUUCACAAGGUCCUUUGCUGUUGUUCUGGGAUUGAUUUGCACUUUUCGCACCAAAGUACGUUCAUCUCUAGGAGACAGAAUGCGUCUCCUUCCUGAGCAGUAUGACGGCUGCGUGGUCCCAUGGUGUUUAUACUUGCGUACUAUUGUUUGUACAGAUGAACGUGGUACCUUCAGGCGUUUGGAAAUUGCUCCCAAGGAUGAACCAGACUUGUGGAGGCCUACAAUUUUCUUUCUGAGGUCUUGGCUGAUUUCUUUUGAUUUUGCAAAGAUGUCAAGCAAAGAGGCACUGUGUUUGAAGGUAGGCCUUGAAAUACAUCUGCAGGUACACCUCCAAUUGACAUGACAUCAUUUUCUGGAAUUUUCCAAGCUGCUUAAAGGCACAGUCAACUUAGUGUAUGCAAACUUCUGACCCACUGGAAUUGUGAUACAGUGAAUUAUAAGUGAAAUAAUCUGUCUGUAAACAAUUGUUGGAAAAAGUACUUGUGUCAUGCACAAAGUAGAUGCCCUAACCGACUUGCCAGAGAAUGUGUGGAGUGGUUGAAAAAUGAGUUUUAAUGACUCCAACCUAAGUGUAUGUAAACUUCUGACUUCAACUGUACAUGUGGGUAGAGUUAAAGUGACUAUGCAUAAAUAAUUAACAGAGUAGCAGCAGCGUAAAAAGAUGGGGUGGUGGUGGGGGGGCAGUGCAAAUAGUCCGGGUAUGAUUAGCUGUUCAGGAGUCUUAUGGCUUGGGGGUAGAAGCUGUUGAGAAGCCUUUUGGACCUAGACUUGGCGCUCUGGUACCGCUUGUCGUGCGGUAGCAGAGAGAACAGUCUAUGACUAGGGUGGCUGGAGUCUUUGACAAUUUUGAGGGCCUUCCUCUGACACCGCCUGGUAUAGAGGUCCUGGAUGGCAGAAAGCUUGGCCCCAGUGAUGUACUGGGUCGAACGCACUACCCUCUGUAGUGCCUUGCGGUCGGAGGCCGAGCAGUUGCCAUACCAGGCGGUGAUGCAACCAGUCAGGAUGCUCUCGAUGAUGCAGCUGUAGAACCUUUUGAGGAUCUGAGGACCCAUGCAAAUCUUUUCAGUCUCCUGAGGGGGAAUAGGCUUUGUCAUGCCCUCUUCACGACUGUCUUGGUGUGUUUGGACCAUGAUAGUUCGUUGGUGAUGUGGACACCAAGGAACUUGAAGCUCUCAACCUGUUCCACUACAGCCCCCGUCGAUGAGAAAUAUAUGUCAUGACAGUGUUCUGACCAUAUUAUGACAAGUUAUGUCAGCUGUUAUGACAUUGUUAUGACCGUGUCAUGAUGCUGGGUGUCAAGUAAAGUGUUACCCAAUGACUAAAACAUAAUAGUUUCAAACCUUGCUUACAUUUGUAUACUAUCACAUAUCUUUCUAUUAUGCGUGGGAAUACUUUGGGGAACAGAUUUCCAACAUUAAAAUCACUUGGAGCUGGAGUUAUUUGCUCAGAAAACAUGGGGGGCCAAAUACAAUCCAGUUGGAACCCUGCCCUAUACCAUCACCAUCUCUCUUUAGAGCAAUUUCAAUACUACAUAAAGUGCUUUCAUGGUGGUUAACCAAAGCUUUUUUCUUUUGUGUUUGACAGGUUGUGGAGUUGAUCUCGAGUGCCAUUGGUGACUUGGUGCAGGGAAUCUACCAUGAGAUGCCCAACAGUUUGGAGGUAAGACAAUUUCCAUACCACUACCAGGGACACCCUCGCCAGCUACAGUAUAGCUAGUUACAAGUAGCUAGUUAGCUGUAAACUCACCUAAACAAACUGCACUAUCAAUUUAGGAGUCUACUAUCUCACAAUGUUCAACCUGCAGAUCGUUGUGCCUCACAGAGUGGAGUCUUAACAUUUGCAACUGCAGAUAUAUUUUUGAGGAGAUGGGAAACGUUGCCCAUGCUACGUCAAUAGGCCGCGCGGUGCAUUCUGUGCGAUUCUGGGACAAGGAGUGCUCUCCUUCAAGGAGUGAAUGGCACUAGCUCAAAAACCCAACAUUAGCACACAUUUUGUCUACAAGAAGCACAACAUUACAAAUGUUUUCCGAGAUGUGAGAUAAUUAACUUGCUAUCUGUAAUAUCGUAUAGCUUUGUAAUCGUGACAUUACAUACUUUAGAGGAAAAUAGGCCCGUUUCUCGAACUAUACACUGACUUUGAGACAAUUAGCUUAGCAACCGUGUGACGUAGCAUGGCAACGUGAACGCAAUUGGUCGACAGUCUGUUGGGUGGGGCAUUAUACGUUCCUUCAUUCAUUGGAUUCCUAUCUCCUUUCUAUAAUAUCUCUGGCAACGCACCCUGGACUAAAGAGGCAGACAAAUAGGAAAAAUGUGCUAGACCCUCUGUUAAAUUAUACAUUUCUCAAGGUAGGAAUAUAGCAAAAAUAUGAUCGAUAGCUCAUUCGAGAGAAGACAUCCUCCUGAGUUAUGACAUCGGACUGUAUUGAAAUCUGACAUGUAUGAUAAACGUUUUUGCAAUCUAGAAGUCGUAUUCCUAUUAACUUCCAGUGUAGUGAGAGUGACUUUAUCACAGUGUUACUUCAUACUGGCCGGAUUUCUGCCUGCUUGAACGCCAAUAACUCAGAUUUACAUGAAAACAUGAAAUUACCCAGGGAAUCGAUAGAACAUCACUCAGAGAUGCACAAAAACAAUAUAACAUUCAAAAUGGGUGAACCUUUCCUUUUAAGUAUCUGUCUUAUGCAAUCAUACCAAACAAAGCAAAUCAUACUAAUUUGAGUGGCUCCUAUUUACAUUUACUAUGUUACGUCUAGUCUGUGAGACCAGGCUGCCAGAAAGGUACAUUAGCAGGCCACUCAUAUGAUGUAUUUUGUCAGGAUGUAGCCCAGUGUUAAGAUUGGAUAUAGGAAAAUAUGGGCUUCUCCUUUCCAACUUCCCGCCCGUUUUUAAUGCUGUAGGCUAUUUUACAUUCAGCAAGCAAGAGCAAUCAUGGAUCUCUCGUCCAAUAGGCUAUUAGUAGAUUAAAGAAAAUAAGUCAAAGUAAGUGUCCAACAAGCUUUUGAGACUAUUCUGGCUUUUCCUGGGACUCCACAAGAUGAUUUAAGAAGAAAAGCUGUGACAGAGGCCAGGGGCCUCAUUUAUAACCGUUGUGUAAAUGUAACACUAAAUAUCGGUGUGCGCACAAAAAUAUUGAGAUUUAUAAACUUGCCGCGAGCCAUACAUACGCCUGUUUCCCAUUAUAAAUCAGACCUGUUGUGAAAGUGUUGCACGCGUGAACGAGCAUUAUAACUUUUAUGGUGACAAUUAUGCCCUUAUUUGCUGUAUACAGUGCAUUCGGAAAGUAUUCAGACCCCUUGACCUUUUCCACAUUUUGUUAUGUUACAGCCUUAUUCUAAAAUGGAUCAAAUUAUUGUCUUCCUCAUCAAUCUACACACAAUACCCCAUAAUGACAAAGUGAAAACAGGUUUUUAGAAUUUUUUUGCAAAUGUAUUAAAAAUAAAAAACAGAUACAUUAUUUUCCAUGAGUAUUCAGACCUUUUGCUAUGAGACUCGAAAUUGAGCUCAGGUGCAUCCUGUUUCCAUUGAUCAUCCUUGAUGUUUCUACAACUUGGAGUCCACCUGUGGUAAAUUCAAUUGAUUGGACAUGAUUUGGAAAGGCACACACCUGUCUAUAUAAGGUCCCACAGUUGACAGUGCCUGUCAGAGCAAAAACCAAUGAAAAAGAAAAGGAGAGCCGCACACUCUAGGAGCUCAGAUGCAAUAAUGUAAUAUCCUAAUAACCAACGUUUCGACAGACAAGCUGUCUUCAUCAGGGUAUAAUAACAAACACUGCGGGUCACUAGUUUAUAUAGUGUCAAAGGACACACGCAGGUGUCUGUAAUCAUGGCCGGGUGUGGCCUAAUAGCAUUGGUUAAUUCACAGAUCAACAGAACUUACAAAAAACAUGUAUAGCAUACGAUCAUAGAUACAACUUGCCAAAUAGGCCCACAAACAUUUACAAUGAAUAGCAAAAUCACAAUAAUCACAAGAAUGGCUUCAAAUCAAAGUAUACGUUGAGACCGAAGGGAGCAAGGGUCUUUAAAUUAAAGAUCCAGGUAGCCUCUCGUUUUAACAAUAAGUUGUCGAGGUCACCCCCUCUCCUAGGCAGGGUGACAUGUUCGAUGCCGAUAUAACGUAGGGACGAAAUCGAGUGGUUCGCUUCCAAAAAGUGGGCAGCGACUGGGUAUGUCGAGUUUUUGCACCUAAUGGUGCUACGUUGCUCCGAGAUCCGUUACACUUGUAGUUUCCAUCCGGUAGAGGCGCAAAUAGACGUUGUACAGGGAUAUUUAGGGGUGGUAAAUCCGAGUUUACCAAUUGAUCUCUGAUGUUUCUGCCCCGCGAGAAUACAACCAAGGGAGGGUCCGAAAACACAUUUCCAAUACUGUCAUCGGAUCUUAGAAUGUGCCAAUGUUUGUGAACGAUUCCCUUAAUUUGUUCAGUGCACUUUGAAUAGCGUGUAGUUAGAACGCAAUAAUGCUUAUUUUUGCGAGACUGUCCCUGAAAGAGGUCAAGUCUCAAUUUGUUUUGAAUUUUCUCAAUAGCAAUGUUAAUCUGACCAUUUAUGUACCCCCUCUCCUUGAAUUUUCUUUGCGUCGCAGCCAUAUUUCAGUCGAAAUCUGAUUUGGUUUUUAGAAAUUAUUUUGAUUAGACAUAAUUGGCUGUAGGGCAAACAGUUUUUCAAGGAAAGCGGGUGACAACUAUCAGCCCUCAACAAACUGUUACGAUCAGUAGGUUUCCUGUAAAGAUCAGUGUAUAGAACAUUAUCCUCACACAAAAUCAGAAGAUUGUGUGUCAGAUUGCAUAGUAAAUCUCAGGUGCUCAGAACAAGAGUUAAGAAAAGCAUGGAAUGCCUGGAGCUGUUUUUAAAUCACCCCUCCAUAGAACAAAAAUAUCAUCAAUGUACCGUUUCCAAAUAAUAAUGUUAGGCAAGAAAACAUUUUUGAGAGGAUUGAAAAUGGACUGUUUCUCCAUGUCACCUACAUGCAAAUUAGCAUAGUUAGAAGCCAUAGGGGAUCCCAUAGCAGUACCCUUCGUCUGAAUAAAGAAAUCAUUUAGAAACAUUAAGUAGUUGUGUGUGAGUACUAUUUCAGCCAAUGUUAUAAUGCAUGCACUGGAAGGUAGUUCAUUUGGGUCAUGUUGCAGAAGAAAAUGUUCCAUGGCUUCAAUACCGCCCUCGUGUGGAAUAUUCGUAUAGAACGACUCAACAUCAAAAGUAACUAGCAAGGUAUUAUCAGGGAGAGGAUCAAGAGAUUCAAGAGCAAAAUCCAAGCCAUGAGGUCGAAGGAAUUGUCCGUAGAGCUCUGAGACAGCAUUGUGUCGAGGCACAGAUCUGGGGAAGGGUACCACAAAAUGUCUGCAGCAUUGAAGGUCCCCGAAAACACAGUGGCCUCCAUCAUUCUUAAAUGGAAGAAGUUUGGAACCACCAAGACUCUUCCUAGAGCUGGCCGCCUGGCCAAACUGAGCAAUCGGGGGAGAAGAGCCUUUGUCAGGGAGGUAACCAUGAACCCAAUGGUCACUCUGACAGAGGUCCAGAGUUCCACUGUGGAAAUGGGAGAACCUUCCACAAGGACAACCAUCUCUGCAGCACUCCACCAAUCAGGCCUUUAUGGUAGAGUGGCCAGACGGAAGCCACUCCUCAGUAAAAGGCACAUGACAGCCCGCUUGGAGUUUGCCAAAAGGCACCUAAAGGACUCUCAGACCAUGAGAAAAGAUUCUCUGGUCUGGUGAAAUCAAGAUUGCCAAGUGUCACUUCUGGAGGAAACCUGGCACCAUCCCUACGGUGAAACAUGGUGGGGGCAGCAUCAUGCUGUGGGGAUGUUUUUCAGCGACAGGGACUGGGAGACUAGUCAGGAUCGAGAGAUCCUUGAUGAAAAUCUGCUCCAGAGCGCUCCGGACCUCAGACUGGGGCGAAGGUUCACCUUCCAACAGGAUAACAACCCUAAGCACACAGCCAAGACAACGCAGGAGUGGCUUUGGGACAAGUCUCUGAAUGUCCUUUUAGUGGCCCAGCCAGAGCCCGGACUUGAACCCGAUCAAACAUCUCUGGAGAGACCUGAAAAUAGCUGUGCAGCGACGCUCCCCAUCCAACCUGACAGAGCUUGAGAGGAUCUGCAGAGAAGAAUGAGAGAAACUCCCCAAAUACAGGUGUGCGAAGCUUGUAGCGUCAUACCCAAGAAUACUUGAGGCCGUAAUCGCUGCCAAAGGUGCUUCAACAAAGUACUGAGUAAAGGGUCUGAAUACUUAUGUAAAAAUGUCUAAACCGGUUUUUGCUUUGUCAUUAUGGGGUAUUGUGUGUAGAUUGAUGAGGGAAAAAAAUCCAUUUUAGAAUAAGGCUGGAAAAAGUCAAGGGGUCUGAAUACUUUCCGAAUGCACUGUACUUUGGAAGUAUUGGAAUUAGGCCAAGAAAUAGGAAAUAGCAAUGCAUGGCAAACUUCAUCAUAUGUUUUUGGAGAGGUUGGCAGAAUGUUUUCUUUUGCAGUGACAUUUGCUGUAUCUGACAGUGUCUGAAAGACAAAAAUAAGUACACAUUGUUGUGGACCUGUAAACAGAUCGUUUGAUUUCAAUAAUGUUUUGCAUUUACUUUUUCCCAAAAUAUGCUAAAUAUGCUGCACGGCCCGUGAAUUCUGAAACAUUGUCUACUUUGAUUUGUUUUACUACGGUAGGCAUACCUACAGUGGUAGCCUACACACUUCAAUGCAAAAGAUCAACCAUCUGUUUACCUGUUAAAUUCUACUGUAUGUUAUAAACCGCGCUCCCUUUCAGAUGCAAAAACUUGAAAUUAUAUAAUAUCCAAUAGGCACAAUGAGUGAUGUGCAUAGUAAUAUGCUGUAUGGCUACUUGGGGAAUAUAAACUCAUCAUGGCCAGAAAAGGUGAGGAAUUUAUUCCGCAAUGGUUAGUAACAUGUAUUAUGUUAAUAAAUGAAAUACUGUCUACUCGAGAAAUGUCACAUUACAGUAUUCAGACGUAGUAGCCUACAAACGUCAAUGGAAAAGGUGCACCGUCUGUUCUACCAUUAAUAAUCCAUCUGUGCGUCAAUCAAAGUAACAUAAUAAAAAAAAUCCCUAUCAAAAUCCGUCAGUUUAAGCUAGAGAGAUGUUUUUUGCAUGGCUGCGUCUGCAGUUGAAGGUGGCUGAGCUACAGCAGUAUUUGUCAGACCUGAGACCUCCCGAAAAUCGGGUCUACUAAGCUAACAUAUGGAGUUAUUUUAAGAUUUUCUCAUGGUCUAACAAACAGCGCUGUAGCUCGGCCACCUUCCACCGCGGAUGAGGAAGGCGGAUGCGGUGGAUUGAGACGCAGCCCAUGCAAAAAUAUAUCUCUAGCUUAAACUAACAGAUUUUUAUGGGGAUUUUUUAUUAUGUUACUUAGAUUGAUGCACAGGUGCGUCAAUAAACUCCUAACGAUUUUAAACUGCGCUUCGGAUCGGAUCAAAUAGAGCAAACUACUUGAAAUAGCUUAUCUAUUUACUACUGUGAAGUGGGUCCAAUUAAAUUAAAAGAUGGGACAAAUGGUAGCCUAUCCUAAGUUGUUGUAGGCCUAUAGGCUAUUUCGCCAAUAUGAAACCAUCACAGUCUAUUCUGCAAUGUUCAUGGAAAUGAAAUAAAUAAUAGGAAAUAGAUGCUUAUUUCUAAUUAUUUUAGAAUGCAAAGAUAAAAUAAAUAUAUUUUCGCUCUUCACACUAACAGGAAAUUAUUGCAUCUUAUUAUAUUAAGCUACUUGUUCUUGUUAUGAAUAAGACUGUCAUCAUAUAUUCCUGCAAAAGGCUACUACUAGGAUAAAAAUGUACUUCUACACAAUGGCAACAGUCAGAAUACAUAACGUUUGAUGUAAACUGCUAUUUUCAGGACAAUAGCCUGACUGAUGACAUCAACAUGGUCACGUGGGAGGAGCAGAGGUUCUUGUCCCAUGGUGCCUUGCUGGCGAAAAGCUGUCAGGCAGCGAUGGAGCUCGCCAAACAUGACAAAGAUGCCCAAGGACUGGCCUACAAAUAUGGCAAGCAUCUAUCACUGGGCCACAAGGCAAGUACAGCAUGUUAUGUCUCGUGGGUUUCGUCUUUAUAACAAUUAAAUAAUGAUGAGACUGAAGACAGGAAUCAGUUCAACCAUUAUCUAGAACAAGGAUGGGAAACUUUAAAGGGUGGUGGGGGCCACCAAAACUCUGAACUCAUCAUGAGGGGCUGCAGUGACUCGCGGGUCUGUGUACCCACAUCAAUACACACACACAUGCAGUCAGAGCCGGCCCUAGCCUUUAGGGGGCCCUAAGCAACAUUUUGUUGGGGGUCCUCCCUCCCCACCUUGCAAGCAAAACAUUUUAGUUAAUUUCCUGCAAUUCUACACAUUUUGCCAAAGGGUGGAAAUAAAUGUUAGCAGUUUUUAAUAUGAUAUCUGAGUGAGAGGCUUACGUGUCUUGUCGAGCAAAACUUUUUGUGGACAGUACUAUGCUGCGUACAGACCCCCCUGCGCACUCAAUGUCGUCGAGAUUCAUCGAGUUGACUUGUAUUUGGUGGGGAAACUGAGCUGUAGCCUACUGCCGGUUUCUGUUUGAUUAUUUUUAUUUUUUUUAUUAAACGUUGUCUAUUUGCUGCUUUUCAAUAAAUAAUGUAGCUGUUCUUUAGGCUAUGGCCUAAAAUAAAUGUGUUCAUAUGGGCAGAAUAUUAUAUUUUGUAGCAUAGGCUACCGAAUUUAUGAAAAUAACCAGUUCACCCUAAAAUAUUCAGAUCUGGUAAAAGGCCGAUAUUUGGUUGUUUCAAUAAAUUAAAAAAGACUGUCACAUGACAAUAGAAAUGGAAACAUUGUGAUUUUAGAGACACAAAGUAACAAUAGCUUCUAUGAUGAAAGGUAUCAGAGUCCAUCUGUUUCUGGGCUCUCACCAUCAUCAUUAUUUACGUCAUUCAUAUUCACCAAAUCAUUUUGUUUAUAAGCCCACUAGGCUACUCAUUUGUUGCAUUAAAUGUUCUGAAUAAUAAAAAGGAAAAUGCUGUUGGGUGUUCACGCAAUAGCCUAGGCUAUCCUACACAACUACACACAGUAGCCUACUGUACCUCUGGUGUCCAAUCCGAUGCACAGAAACAUAUGAAAACAUUAACUCAUUACCUUGAUGCUUUCUCUGUUAAAUCUUCUAGACCCUGCUGUAAAUCAAGCAAACAAUAGCAGAUAAUCAACAUAAAUGUAGGGGUAUUGGAUCCAACAUGGAUCACAACUGCCUUCACUGGGGCAACAAACGAGACGUCAACAUAUUCUGGACAUUCAUCCGAACACAAUGUUUCCGCACUGGCUGUUUUUGCAUCAUGUGCUAUAUCACAACAGCUGUUUGUCACUUGACUGUCAUUCAGAAAAAUAUUUCCUGGAUCAGCUGAUGAUGGCCUAAAUAAACAGCUGGAUACCAAAUGUGCAUCCAACAAGUAGGUCAAGCCAAUGCAUAGCCAAUUGAAGAACCACACAAGUUAGGUGACUCUUUCGGUUAGAAGCAUUCGAUUUUGCAACCGUAUACAUCAUUUUGGAUUUGUGUGCCCAUGAAAACAGUUUUCACAGUGUAGCCUAAAAUCUCAAUAUGAACAUUUGAUAAAGCGGUGCUGCCGUUAAUAGUGCACCAUCUCAUAGGGAGCGGCAGGUAGCUUAGUGGGGCGGCAGGUAGCUUAGUGGUUAAGAGCGUUGUGCCAGUAACCGAAAGGUCACUGGUUCUAAUCCCCGAGCCGACUAGGUGAAAAAUCUGUCUGUGCCCUUGAGCAAGGCACUUAACCCUAAUUGCUCCUGUAAGUCGCUCUGGGUAAGAGCGUCUGCUAAAUGACUAAAAUGUAAAAUGUAAUAGACUCAGCAAGACUUUUGUCCCACUGAUGCCCCAGAUAAGGGGUCGAUGGGUUUCUUAUUGUAUUCAUGAUUGAUUAGAAUUAAGCUUUCAGAACAUUCACACCUAGCCUAACGGUCAAUCAGCUCACGGCCAUCUGGACACUUUGCUAUGUGUGCAGGUCAGUCAUAUUUCCGUCUCCUUUUCAUAUCGGGAAAAAAAAAACUCAUCAUAGGCCUAGUUUUAUUAUACUGAUAAUCAGAUUAUAUACAGCAAAUUGAAAGAAAAUGAAUUAUUACAAGGUUGAAAACUUUUCUUUGCAAAUGUUUUAUUUAUUCAUUAAUGUAUUAGUAGGCUUAGGCCUAUGGAUUACAUUUUUUGAAGUUAUUCUCACCACCCCCGUUUUAUUUAUUCUGUCUAAAAGGAAGGCAAAGAAUGCAGCACAUUUUUAUUUAUUUUUUUAUACAAUAUUCUGCCCAUAUGAACAAAGUUAUAUAAAAACAAUUGCCAAUUUUAACAUUUAUUUUGGGGCAUAAGCGAACCAAUAUGAGAGCCUUCAGACAGGUUUAAACAAGUUUCCUCACGGAGCCACCAGCCAGCUGUCAAGCCCCAGCCAAUCGCGCACACAAGUUGUUCCCCAGCCUGCGUGUGUGGGCGGACGAAAGAGUUGCCGACAAAGGAGUUUGCUUCUGCUGCAGCCUUCACUGUAAAAUAUAACUCGUUGCGGCGGUGCUUCACACACUCGGAGUGAGAGUGACUAACAAAAUCAAUGGGGGCCCCCCGGUCAGUAAUUCGACCAUGAUUACUACAAGUUUAGAUAGCUGGCCGCUAGACUAACUUUAACUUGCCAGUCAAAAAAAUGUAGUUGACAUGGGCUAAUUGAGUGACUGUCAGUGACUGACAUAACAAGAGACAAACUACUGAUCCACAAUCAAAUUUCGAAAUUGCAUCUUGUGUAUUCUACUAUUCUAAGUUGAGACCUCGACUGAGUUGCCCAAAAAACGUUUUUUUAAUUGAUCCGUGGCCAGUUGCCCAUCCCUGAUCUAGAACGUACUCGGUCUCAACACAUUCAACCCCCAUGAUGCUCCACGGCACAACCCCAAUACACCUCCUCUCCUCCCCUCCCCUCCUACUUAAAUUGUCAUUAUGAACAACAGUCCUGAGAAGUUGACUGUGAGCCCCUAGGUGACGACUGCUGAGUCAGGGUGUCACUCAGUAACAGUUCCUGACUGGUGGUUCUGUUGGUGUUGCUUUACUCAACAGUGACUUUUCCAGAUUACGUCCUCUGCAGUCUGGUAAGUGUAGGACACAGGACCAGUCUGAGAAAUGACUGUAGCAGGAACCCACUUUGGUCCGUUGAGGUAGUUCCUAGCUAAGACAGUUUCUCCAGGAUUCUCAGUUCACAACGUUUGACUUGACUCUCCUGUUGACGUCGCACUCCUUUUGCGUUCUGAGGUUUGAGUAGGUCGAAGCUUGUGCAUAGCGCCCUCUUCAUGAGUAGCAAAGCAGGCAAAGCCUUGUUGGUUGCAUGAGGCUUGUUCCUGUAGGAUAGCAGAAAGCUGUUCAAGCGUUGGUGCAGCUUCCCUUGACUGUAAAACACUUUCAAUGCAUGUUUCAUGGUCUGUAUGAACCUCUCCGCCAGACCGUUUGUAGAUGGAUGAUACGGGGUGGACCUGAUGUGCUGUACACCAUUUAGCUGUAGGAACGUAGCCAUUUCUUGGGACACUAGCUGCGGUCCAUUGUUGCUAAUGAGUUUGAGUGGCGAUCCGAAACGACUAAACACUUCCCGAUGGUGUUCUCUGCAGUAGUAGACCUCAUGAUGGCAACAUCUACUUGCUAUGAGCAUCCACAACCACGAGAAACAUUCUGUCUUCAAAUGGACCUGCGAAGUCGACGUGUAUGCGUUGCCACGCCUCCUCCGGCCAAUCCCACGGAUGAAGAGAUGCAAGUUGAGGUAUGUUGCGAACCUUCUCACAUGAGGAAUACGUUUUCGCUUUCUCCUCAAUGCUUCCAUCCAAUCCAGGCCAUCAGAAGUAGCUUUGUGCCAUUUCCUUCGUUAAAAAAACACAAUGACCUAAGUGUAGCUGUUGCAACACUGGUUUCUUCAGCGAAGGCGGAAUGAUAACUCUCCUCCCCCACAGCAGACAACCGGACUGUACUGACGGCUCAGUUCUCCUGGAAAGGUACGGUUUUAGUUCCGGAGCAUCUCCUGCGGCUCUACCUUUUGAUAAUGAUAUCCUUCACUUCAGAUACCACCGGGUCAUUUCUGGUGUUUCUCCGCACUUGUGCUGAAGUGACUGGUGCGUUUUCCACUUGUCUAAAGUAUAAGAUGUCCACUUUGCAGGACUCUGGCUUGACCACAGGUAGUGGUAACCUGAAAAAUCCAUCUGCGUUCCAGUUCUGCCUUGCAGCUUUUGAUGUGCUUUGCAGCAAGUGAUGGAAUCCCAGUAUGCGGUCCAAAUAUGCUCGUCAGCGGACGAUGAUCUGUAAGAAGGGUGAACUUCCUCCCGUACAGAUACUUGUGAAACUUACGCACUCCAAAAACAAUGCCUAUCUGUGCAUAGUUAGUUUCUGCUUUGUUCAAUGUCCUAAUGCGAAAACGAUAGACUUCACCUGAAGGCAUGAUAUGGGACACGACUGCUCCCACACUAUAGGUACUAGCAUCACAAGCUAGUUGGAUGGGCAUUGACGGGUCGAAGUGUGUCAGUGCAUCAGAUUUCAGAAGUGUUUCCUUGGUUUUCACGAUUGCUUCCUCAGAAUGUUCUGUCCAUUUCCAUGUUUUGUCCUGACAAAGCAACUGAUGCAGCGGCUUCAGCUUUAUUGCUAAGCUCGGAAUAAAGCGUCCUUAGUAAUUCAAUAACCCCAGGAAAGAAUGUAGUUGGCUCACGUUCUGAGGAGCCUUGACCUUGGACGGAAGGUCCAUGGUGUUGACUAUGUGUCCAAGGUAUUCAACCGAUGAUUGGAAAAAUGCACAUAUGCUAUAUAUACAAAAGUAUGUGGACACCCCUUCAAAUGAGUGGAUUCGGCGAUUUCAGCCACACCGUUGCUGACAGGUGAAUAAAAUCGAGCACACAGCCAUGCAAUCUCCAUUGACAAACAUUUGCAGUAGAAUGGCCUUACUGAAGAGCACAGUGACUUUCAACGUGGCACCGUCAUAGGAUGCCACCUUUCCAACAAGUCAAAUUUCUGCCCUGCUAGAGCUGCCCCGGUCAACUUUAAGUGUUGUUAUUGUGAAGUGGAAACGUCUAGGAGCAACAAUGGCUCAGCCGCAAAUUGGUAGGCCACACAAGCUCACAGAACGUGACCGCCGAGUGCUGAACCGCGUAGCGCUUAAAAACCGUCUUUCUUCAGUUGCAACACUCACUACCGAGUUCCAAACUGCCUCUGGAAGCAACGUCAACACGAGAACUGUUAGUCGGAGCUUCAUGAAAUGGGUUUUCCAUGGCCGUGCAGCCGCACACAAGCCUAAGAUCACCAUGCGCAAUGCCAAGCGUCGGCUGGAGUGGUGUAAAGCUUGCCGCCAUUGGACUCCUGAGCAGUGGAAACGCGUUCUCUGGAGUGAUGAAUCAAGUUUCAUCUGGCAGCCUGAUGGACUAAUCUGGGUUUGGCGGAUGGCAGGAGAACGCUACCUGCCCCAAUGCAUAGUGCCAACUGUAGAGUUUGGUGGAGAAGGAUAAUAGUCUGGGACUGUUUUUCACGGUUCGGGUUAAGCCCCUUAGUUCCAGUGAAGGAAAAUGUUAACGCUAUAGCAUACAAUGACAUUCUAGACAAUUCUGUGCUUCCACCUUUGUGGCAACAGUUUGGGGAAAGCCCUUUCCUGUUUCAGCAUGACAAUGCCCCAGUGCACAAAGCGAGGUCCAUACAGAAAUGGUUUGUAGAUAUCGGUAUGGAAGAACUUGACUGGGCUUCACAGAGCCCUGACCUCAACCCCAUCGAACACCUUUGGGAUUAAUUGGAAAGCCGACUGCGAGCCAGGCCUAAUCGCCCAACAUCAGUGCCCAACCUCACUAAUGUUUUUGUGGCUGAAUGGAAGUCUCCACAGCAAUGUUCCAACCUCUAGUGGAAAGCCUUGCCAGAAGAGUGGAGGCUGUUUAUAGCAGCAAAGGGGGGCCCCAACUACGUAUUAAUGCCCAUGAUUUUGGAAUGAGAUGUUCCACAAGCAGGUGUCCAUAUACAUUUGGUCAUGUAGUGUACAGUGGGGAAAAAAAGUAUUUAGUCAGCCACCAAUUGUGCAAGUUCUCCCACUUAAAAAGAUGAGAGAGGCCUGUAAUUUUCAUCAUAGGUACACGUCAACUAUGACAGACAAAACGAGAUUUUUUUUCUCCAGAAAAUCACAUUGUAGGAUUUUUAAUGAAUUUAUUUGCAAAUUAUGGUGGAAAAUAAGUAUUUGGUCAAUAACAAAAGUUUCUCAAUACUUUGUUAUAUACCCUUUGUUGGCAAUGACACAGGUCAAACGUUUUCUGUAAGUCUUCACAAGGUUUUCACACACUGUUGCUGGUAUUUUGGCCCAUUCCUCCAUGCAGAUCUCCUCUAGAGCAGUGAUGUUUUGGGGCUGUCGCUGGGCAACACGGACUUUCAACUCCCUCCAAAGAUUUUCUAUGGGGUUGAGAUCUGGAGACUGGCUAGGCCACUCCAGGACCUUGAAAUGCUUCUUACGAAGCCACUCCUUCGUUGCCCGGGCGGUGUGUUUGGGAUCAUUGUCAUGCUGAAAGACCCAGCCACGUUUCAUCUUCAAUGCCCUUGCUGAUGGAAGGAGGUUUUCACUCAAAAUCUCACGAUACAUGGCCCCAUUCAUUCUUUCCUUUACACGGAUCAGUCGUCCUGGUCCCUUUGCAGAAAAACAGCCCCAAAGCAUGAUGUUUCCACCCCCAUGCUUCACAGUAGGUAUGGUGUUCUUUGGAUGCAACUCAGCAUUCUUUGUCCUCCAAACACGACGAGUUGACUUUUUACCAAAAAGUUAUAUUUUGGUUUCAUCUGACCAUAUGACAUUCUCCCAAUCCUCUUCUGGAUCAUCCAAAUGCACUCUAGCAAACUUCAGACGGGCCUGGACAUGUACUGGCUUAAGCAGGGGGACACAUCUGGCACUGCAGGAUUUGAGUCCCUGGCGGCGUAGUGUGUUACUGAUGGUAGGCUUUGUUACUUUGGUCCCAGCUCUCUGCAGGUCAUUCACUAGGUCCCCCCGUGUGGUUCUGGGAUUUUUGCUCACCGUUCUUUUGAUUAUUUUGACCCCACGGGGUGAGAUCUUGCAUGGAGCCCCAGAUCGAGGGAGAUUAUCAGUGUUCUUGUAUGUCUUCCAUUUCCUAAUAAUUGCUCCCACAGUUGAUUUCUUCAAACCAAGCUGCUUACCUAUUGCAGAUUCAGUCUUCCCAGCCUGGUGCAGGUCUACAGUUUUGUUUCUGGUGUCCUUUUACAGCUCUUUGGUCUUAGCCAUAGUGGAGUUUGGAGUGUGACUGUUUGAGGUUGUGGACAGGUGUCUUUUAUACUGAUAACAAGUUCAAACAGGUGCCAUUAAUACAGGUAACGAGUGGAGGACAGAGGAGCCUCUUAAAGAAGAAGUUACAGGUCUGUGAGAGCCAGAAAUCUUGCUUGUUUGUAGGUGACCAAAUACUUAUUUUCCACCAUAAUUUGCAAAUAAAUUCAUAAAAAAUCCUACAAUGUGAUUUCCUGGAAAAAAAAUUCUCAUUUUGUCUGUCAUAGUUGACGUGUACCUAUGAUGAAAAUUACAGGCCUCUCUCAUCUUUUUAAGUGGGAGAACUUGCACAAUUGGUGGCUGACUAAAUACUUUUUUUCCCCACUGUAUGUCCGUACGAACUCAUAGUCCGUAAUGUAGUGUGUCUUUAUGAACUCGGAGUCCUUCAGUCUCUGUAAGGUUGCAUCCAAGUUCUGGAGAUGGUCCUCUUCGUCUUUCCCAGUAACGAGGUGUCAUCCAGGUAGCAUUGUACUCCUGGCAAGAUCUUAUCCAUCGUCCUCUAGAACAGCACUGGCGCAUUUGUGAUUACAAGCGGUAGAUGACAGUACCUGAAGAGCCCCGUGUGUGUCACGACAGUCAGAAGCUCCUUUGACUUUUUUUCCAUGUGCAUCUGCAAGUACGCUUGGCAGAGGUCGAUCUUGCUGAACUUUUGACCCCGGCUAAUCCUGUGAAAAGGUUGUGUGUGUGGUAGCGGAUACUGCUUAGUGAACAACACACAGGGUUAACGGUAACUUUAAAGUCUCCACAUAUCCUAAUUCCACCAUAUUUGUUAAGGACUGGUACGAUGGGUGUUGCCCAUUCACUCAUGCUGACCGGCUCCAGUACUUUGUUCUUGACUAGAGUGUCCAAGUCAGCCUCGACUUUUGGUCUUAUAGCAUAAGGUACAGGGCAUGCUUUCAGAAACGUCGGUUAGCUUAAUGCUAACCUUUACUGUAAUGUAUUUCAUGCUAUGCAGCUCUGCAUUAAAGACUUCCCCAUGUUUCUUUAAGAUGACGGGUAGGCAUGUGUCUCCAUUGUACGCACUGAUGGCCAGUUCAGUGUGAUUUUCUCUAAACACAAACAUCCCAGUAGUGAUGGAUUGUCUCCUUUCACGACAUAGUGGCAGCUUUUCAGUUUACAUUUACAUUUACAUUUACGUCAUUUAGCAGACGCUCUUAUCCAGAGCGACUUACAAAUAGGUGCAUUCACCCUAUAGCCAGUGGGAUAACCACUUUACAAUAUCUUAUUUUUUUAUAUUUUUUAUUUUUAUUUAUUUUUUAGGGGGGGGGUAGAAGGAUUACUUUAUCCUAUCCCAGGUAUUCCUUAAAGAGGUGGGGUUUCAAAUGUCUCCGGAAGGUGGUGAAUGACUCCGCUGUCCUGUUUGUCAGUUUAACUGAACUGUGACAUCAGUGAUGCAUCUCACAGUGACAUAUUCACCUGUGUAAGUCUUUAACACGAUGUGUGCUGGCUGAAGUGGAAGGUGUUUGUGUCUUUUGUAGACUGUGUCUGACACGAGAUACAGCCUUUAUCAAUCUCCAUAAGCACUGGCUGCCCCUCUAACAAGGGAGAGACAUAGUAGCUGUGCGGCCCCACAGAAACAGUCACUAUAUUCAGUGUGACUUCCCUGUCUGAUGAGUCACUCACCUCAGUGUUCUCCUGCUCAACAGCGUGAACAUGUCUCUUUUCUUUGGUUGGAAUGUCUCUCUCUUGUUUUCAGUAUUUUGAGUUUUCUCUGAGCUCUUUUUGUUUCUGCAAGCUCGUUCGAUGUGGCCCUUUUAACCAUAGGCUCGGUAAUCCAUGUCCUUACACCAGCAUGUAGACGCCUGAUGUCCCGCUUUGCCACAGCGGAAGCAUGUGCCAUGAUUUCCCUGGCUCUGAUUUUCAGUUGCAACUCUCUGCAUUUUUCCUGAUGAACUCAACUGCUGAGCCUCUUUAGCAGUUAGUUCAAUGGAUAUACACUGACUUCAAUGUCCUUUGCCAAGGUCAGAUUACUUUCAGUCAAUAGUCUCUUGUGUAGCUUCACUCCGUAGCCCACAUACUAUGUCGCUAAUGGUGUCAUUUAGAACAUCAUUAAACUCCGUGCUCUGAUAGUUUCAUUAAUGCAGCAGCAAACAUCACUGAUUCUUCCUCUUCCUGAUUUCUUCUGUGGAACCUAAACUUUUCAGCAAUAACUAGUGGUUUUGGUGAAAAGUGUCCUUUCAGUAUUUCCACAAUAUCCCCACGUCUUAUUACCUGGCCUGUGUGGCUGUAGCAGACUGCGUAGUCAAUUAAAUGUCUUUAGCCCCAUUAAACAAAAAAAAUGUAGGCACAAUUUUGUCCUCAUCAAUGUCAUUUGCAAUAACUAAAUUUUCAAACCAUUCUGUAUAUGAGCUCCACUGCUCAAUACUUUCAUCAAACUGUCCAAUGUUUCCAACAAUUCCAGCCAUUUUAGAUUUCUCAAUUGGCUCCUGAUUGUCACUCACGUCAAUAUUGUCCUUAACCAGAGCAAUAUUUUCCUCAGUCACGUGAUCUUCCUCCACUUCACUUAUUGACGUUUCAUCCUUAAUUUCCCCAAAGUUCUUCCUCACGUCCAUUCCUUUACUCCCUUUUUAAUCACUUUGUUUUCGCGCUCCGACGUCAGUCUCAAAUAUUUUUCUGCCAUCUAUGACGAUGCUACAGUAACUCUCUCUCUUAGAUAGCUCGACUAUGCACUUGCUAGCAAUACACUGUGCUAACAUUAGCCUAGACUGUACCACAGAAAAUAACAGUUUACACCUGUAAAAACCGACUUCUUCUAGACAGAAUAGUUCCCGACGGUUCAGACUCGUUGCCAAUCUUUUGUUAUUUCUUGUGGGUUUCAUAACCACGUCUUUAUAACAAUUCAAUAAUAAUGAGACGGGAGACAGGAAUCAGUUCAACCAUUUAUCUAGAAUGUGCUCGGUCUCAACACAUAAAACCCCCAUGAUGCUCUGCGGCACAACCCCAAUACACCACACUGCAGGAAACCUGAAAGAUUGGCUUUGCUGAAAAGUAAAGAAUCGUGCUGCUUUCCUUUAGUCUUUCCUGAAAUGUGAAAAUGUGAGUGAAAACGACAUAAUAGUACCGCUGAUUUAAAUAAUCAACUCAUCAUCAAGCUUUGAUUAUUUUAAAUCAGCUGGGUAGUACUAGGGCAAAAAACUAAACGUGCACCAGGACGGAGUUUGGGAAACGCUGUAGUUGGUGAGAUGUGACAUGUAAGGAUCAUGAUUAGGCUGUUAUGAUUGACUAAUGCUGUCAUUUCUCACUCUUUAGUUGAACUCUGACCUGCAGCCAUUUGUGAAGAGCAAUUCAGCAGACCCAGUCACCUUCAGUUUGAACUCUGCCCCUGUGGUUUUCCACCGGCAGAUUGUGGGGCAGGAGAGAUGGCAUCAUCAGCUGCAACAGGUACUGAACCACUUAUCCUGUGCCAUUACUUUUUCCUGACAGUUUAAGUUGUGUGUAUAUAUAACCACAAGGUAAAGAUGUACACCGAGUGUACAAAACAUUAUGCACACCUUCCUAAUAUUGAGUUGCACCCCCUUUUGCCCUCAGAACAGCCUCAAUUAGUCGGGGCAUGGACUCUACAAGGUGUCGAAAGCUUUCCACAGGGAUGCUGGCCCAUAUUGUCUCCAAUGCUUCCCACAGUUGUGUCAAGUUGGCUGGAUGUCCUUUGGGUGGUGGACCAUUCUUGAUACACACGGAAAACUGUUGAGCGUGAAAAACCCAGCAGCGUUGCAGUUCUUGACACAAGCCGGUGCGCCUGGCACCUACUACCAUACCCCGUUCAAAGGCACCUUCUGAAUGGUACACAUACACAAUCCAUGUCGCAAUUGUCUCGAGGCUUAAAAAGUAUUAUUUAACCUGUCCCCUCCCCUUCAUCUACACUGAUUGAAGUGGAUUUAACAAGUGACAUCAUUAAGGGAUCAUAGCUUUCACCUGGUCAGUCUGUCAUGGAAAGAGCAUGUUUUGUACACCAGUGUAUACUUACUUUAAAUAAUGUCUUUCUCUUUUUCUCUCUGUGAACAGGCAAAAACUAUUGGAACUAUUGACUAUACAAAGGUAAACAGGGUGGAUGUACAUACUGUGGAUGUUUAUUGUGCUAUUGUGGUAUGGUAGCAAGGUGGGUUACAAGACUAUCAAAGAUGCUCAGAAAGGGUUGAUAUCCACUCUAACCAAUCGCAAGUUUGACAUUUCCUUCCCAAAGUCAGUUAGAGGGAAAGGAGGGGACAGACGGGGCGCAGGAAGAAACAACAGAGGCGGGGGGGUCUCUGGUCACGUCUGAAACCAGAUCGUGGGGGAUUAGGUACCUAGGACUAUUUGUGGAGGAGAGAGAGCGACUGAGACAGUGGCAUUGUCAGAGAAUCUCCUUCAUGAGGACAGGAGGGGGGAUAUGGAGAGAAUGUAUCCUCCUAACUGCACCCCAGUUAUUGUAGUUACUAUAAACAACCAUUCCCCUAUAGGUUAGUAUUUAGAAUAGAAUACAUUUGUCCCGCUUGCCUGGGCUUUUACUCUGAAAUGUAUAUUGUGUCAAACACUAGGUGUGCCCUGUGCACUGCUCCUCUUAGUCUUAAAUUUAAUGCAGUCUGAAACCAUGGAGAUGGUCUCAGUCAGACCAUAUUUUGGAAAUAUCUGCCACCUGUUGUUCGACAUAGGAAAAGAAAGUGGUGGACAGAGAAGGACAAGGCCUUUUUGGGAAGUAAUGGAGUGUGGAGGAGACCCUUGGAGUGUCCCGUGUCCCCGUUUCGAAAUUGACGAGCGUGCACACACAUUAGUGCAGUGGAGCAAUGCUCCCUGUCUGCUGUUUUUUUAAGCGAAGGCCCACAGGGGCUUUUCGGUCCCAGAAUUCAUUAGGUAGAACGCCCUGAGCAAAAAAGAUGUCCUGACAGAGCUAGAGCAACAGGGGGGAAAGACACCCAAGAUUACUCAGUGUGUCUGGAAGGGAGGGGGGGGGGUCCAAUGACCAAAGUACAGUUUUGUCAUGACCACUGCACGUUCCAUCCUCCGCAUUCACAAUAGGCUGCUUAUUUCAACAUUUGCUUACAUAAAAAAAAUGCUGUCAUGUCCUAUGGUCUCUUCCUGCAACAGCUGCGGUCCACAAUCAAGUUGGAGGAAGGUGUCAUCUCGACAAUGGACCUGUGUCGUUACCACGGCAACAAAGCUCUGGAGUCCAUCCAGUGUUUCCCUUCCUCUGAGGCACGCUCAGCCUUGGAGAACAUCGCUAGCACUGUCACAAAGUUC